AUGGACUCUCUGGGUCAGGGGAGCCCCGGUGGCCCAGCCAGGGUGAGCCGUAUUGAGUUACAGAUGGAGGCAUUCCUCCCUGCCCAGGGUAUAGCUGGACCACAUCCAAAAACAAACAGCCUGCACGGGGGAAGAUAGCUAGCCGUGGUGGUGGUUCAGUUUUGUGUUUUGUGCUUCAUGUGUUUAUUUCACAAUUUAAUUAAACAUCCAGGGCCCUUUUCCACGAAGGUUGGGGUAGUUUUCCAAAUAACACUGUGGGUAAAAUGUGCAGCUUUUUGACUUUAACUACAGUAGAGAGAAUAAAACCAGCUCAGACAGGACUAUUCUGUACCUGACAGCCGGCUUUCCAGCUUUCUCUUCUGUUGAUAUUUAGGAACCUAGUUCAGCGUGACAAGUCUCCUCUUGAUUGUGUGAGGUCCCGUAAAUCAUUCCUUGUUUUGACAUCUGGGGUGGUGGUGGGUUACCAUGGUAAUGCAAUAAAGUGGAGUGAACUCUGGGCAGAGUGGAGUGAGGCAUGCUGGGUAGUUGGUGCCCCUCUAUUCUGUAAUGUGUCCUACAGUAGGUGUGGACAGGACUGGACAGGGGGUGGUCUGUAUCUGUAGUGAGGCAGUGGAGAAGCUUACAGUGAAACACCUGCCACAAAGUCAACAUUUAUUUAACUGUUGUUUUAGUGUGCCUUCCCUGUGUGUUUGUAUCUUGCACUAAAUGUUGUGCCAGAUGUUUGGGGGGUGUGUGUGAGCGCCACAAUGUGUAUACUACUCAGGAGACAAGCUUGCUUAAAAAGUUGUGUUCGUGGGUGUGCGUUUUUGUAUGUCAGUGUGCAUAUAGCGAACCAAACCAUACCAGUGCAGGUGUUAAGUUUUCUUGUGGGCUUAUGGAGUUUGUGUUGGUGCUGAGGUCAUAGGACGUCUAUUAUUGCUUCAAAAUAUGGGUUUAUGCCUAGGCUUACGUGUUUAAUGAUUUGUAGAAGAUGUGGGGCGGCAGGUGGCUUGGUGGGUAAGAGCGUUGUGCCAGUAACCGAAAGGUCGCUGGUUCUAAUCCCCGAGCCGACUAGGUGAAAAAUCUGUCUAUGUGCCCUUAAGCAAGGCACUUAACCCUAAUUGCUCCUGUAAGUCGCUCUGGAUAAGAGCGUCUGCUAAAUGACUAAAAUGUGUAUUGUACAGUAUGUUGCCUACAGCAAGUGUGUUGAAUGGGUUCAGGUUGUUUUGCAGUCAGUCAGCCUGUAGGCAGCAUUUUACCAAAGUGGAAAGCAUUUGAUAAUGGUUGUAACAUGGCAGAACUGACCUAUGAGAGAGUAAAAGUCCUUGUAACCAAUUAUCUUCAAUGGGCAAUAGCAGGCAGGUUUGAUUUCUGAAGGCAUAACACAAUCUUAUUACUGUAAUUUACAGUGAGGGGAAAAAAGUAUUUGAUCCCCUGCUGAUUUUGUACGUUUGCCCACUGACAAAGAAUUUAUCAGUCUAAUUUUAAUGGUAGGUUUAUUUGAACAGUGAGAGACAGAAUAACAACAAAAAAAUCCAGAAAAACGCAUGUCAAAAAUGUUAGAAAUUGAUUGGAGUUUGAAUGAGGGAAAUAAGUAUUUGACCCCUCUGCAAAACAUGACUUAGUACUUGGUGGAAAAACCCUUGUUGGCAAUCACAGAGGUCAGACAUUUCUUGUAGUUGGCCACCAGGUUUGCACACAUCUCAGGAGGGAUUUUGUCCCACUCCUCUUUGCAGAUCUUCUCCAAGUCAUUAAGGUUUCGAGGCUGACGUUUGGCAACUCGAACCUUCAGCUCCCUCCACAGAUUUUCUAUGGGAUUAAGGUCUGGAGACUGGCUAGGCCACUCCAGGACCUUAAUGUGCUUCUUCUUGAGCCACUCCUUUGUUGCCUUGGCUGUGUGUUUUGGGUCAUUGUCAUGCUGGAAUAACCAUCCACGACCCAUUUUCAAUGCCCUGGCUGAGGGAAGGAGGUUCUCACCCAAGAUUUGACGGUACAUGGCCCCGUCCAUCGUCCCUUUGAUGCGGUGAAGUUGUCCUGUCCCCUUAGCAGAAAAACACCCUCAAAGCAUAAUGUUUCCACCUCCAUGUUUGAUGGUGGGGAUGGUGUUCUUGGGGUCAUAGGCAGCAUUCCUCCUCCUCCAAACACGGCGAGUUGAUGCCAAAUAGCUCCAUUUUGGUCUCAUCUGACCACAACACUAACCCAGUUCUCCUCUGAAUCAUUCAGAUGUUCAUUGGCAAACUUCAUUAUUGUGGGUGUAGCGAAAUGCUUGUAAGUACCUUAUUUAAGUACCUUACUGUGAUUGCUUUCAAUUAAAAUGGUCAAAAAGAAACAAAAAUAGCUUCUUAUCAAAGGGCAAUUUCUCAAGCAAGAAUUUUGCUAGGACUUUCUGGGAGUGGUCUGACUGGGGAGGGGAAAACUGAAAAUGUGCUGUUAUUGGCAGAGAGGUUUGGAACUCUUUCUUAUUGGUCUAUUAAGUUAUUUACCGCAUAGUGAUGUUACCAUGGAAGGCCAAAACCCCAUACCACCAAAACAGGCUGAAAUUUCAGGUGGUCUUUUUAAACAGCUCUUACGCUAAAAGUUUUGCAGUAUUAUUCCAACCUCAUAGUGUGGAAAUAUACAUAAAACACAGGAAAAGCAUGUUUCUGACUGCAGUGGGCCUUUAAGCUAUCAGAAAAAAUCCCAUGUGGAUUUGCAUCUGUAUGCAGUGAUUUUGUUUUUAAAUGAAUGACUGCAGUAAGUCUUUCUACAGCAUACUAACAAUGUUUCUCUCUCUCUCUCUGCAGAGAAUCUUCAACUCGUUUGUGUACACAGAGAAGACAUCAAACGGAGAGACAGAGGUACAGCAGGUGAGUCACUGGGUGCUCUUGCUUUUAUAGGCUUGUGCUAUCUUCCUGUGUGUGUGUGCACGCGUGUAUGUGCGCUUGUGAUUGUCUGUGCGGCAGUAACACACACACACACACACACACACACACACACACACACACACAGCCAUCAUCAGAGGAAAGGAGGGCUUAUUAAAAUUCUACAGCUGCCGUCACAUUGGCUUUGAAGUUCUUUUUCUGUUUUUCACUCCUCGACUCCAUUCUCUCCCCCAUUCUCGCAUGCACUACACAGUGUCAGUGCAGUAAGGCUUCACUCUGACAAUUUGAUGCUGGAAUAAAAACAUGGCUCCUCUACCUGUACUCUAAUGCAGUAUUAAAGACUGAAAUAAUGUCAUUUUAUCUUCCCUCUCCCAUUGUUGGCAAUAAAGAGGCUACAUUAGAAUCCUAGAUCUGUUUAAAUAAACUUUAUUAUCCCCUGGAGCAAUUCAGAAAGGCAAAGUCCACUGUGCCCAGCCCAGUGUGUUGAGAGCACCGUAAUAUACUGUGGGCUCCAAAAGUACAAUGACUGAGGUUAAAGUGCGGACUGUCACUUAUAUGUAUUAAAGUAGUUAAACGUUUAGUAUUUGCGCUAUGUACGAAAGUGUGUGUAUAUAUUUGUAUAUAUAUGUACAGUGCUAUGAAAAAGUAUUUGCCCCCUUUCUAAUUUUCUCUACUUUUGUAUAUUUGUGAUACUGAAUGUUAUCAGAUCUUCAACCAAAACCUAAUAUUAGAUAAAGGGAACAUAAGUGAACAAAUAACACAACAAUUACAUAUUUAUUUCAUAAACAAAGUUAUGCAACACCCAAUUCCCCUGUGUGAAAAAGUAAUUGCCCCCUUACACUCAAUAACUGGUUGUGCCACCUUUAGCUGCAAUGACUCCAACCAAAUGCUUCCUGUAGUUGUUGAUCAGUCUCUCACGUCGCUGUGGAGGAAUUUUGGCCCACUCUUCCAUGCAGAACUGCUUUAACUCAGUGAAGUUGUGGGUUUUCAAGCAUGAACUGCUCGUUUCAAGUCUUGCCACAACAUCUCAAUUGGGAUUAGGUCUGGACUUUGACUAGGCCAUUCCAAAACUUCCAAUUUGUUGCUUUUUAGCUAUUUUCAUGUAGACUUGAUUGUGUGUUUUGGAUCAUUGUCUUGCUGCAUGACCGAGCUGCGCUUCAGCUUCAGCUCACAGACCUACCAUUAAAAUUAUAUAUGUGUAUGUAUGUAUGUACACUGCUCAAAAAAAUAAAGGGAACACUUAAACAACACAUCCUAGAUCUGAAUGAAUGAAAUAAUCUUAUUAAAUACUUUUUUCUUUACAUAGUUGAAUGUGCUGACAACAAAAUCACACAAAUUAUCAAUGGAAAUCAAAUUUAUCAACCCAUGGAGGUCUGGAUUUAGAGUCACCCUCAAAAUUAAAGUGGAAAACCACACUACAGGCUGAUCCAACUUUGAUGUAAUGUCCUUAAAACAAGUCAAAAAGAAGGCUCAGUAGUGUGUGUGGCCUCCACGUGCCUGUAUGACCUCCCUACAACGCCUGGGCAUGCUCCUGAUGAGGUGGCGGAUGGUCUCCUGAGGGAUCUCCUCCCAGACCUGGACUAAAGCAUCCGCCAACUCCUGGACAGUCUGUGGUGCAACAUGGCGUUGGUGGAUGGAGCGAGACGUGAUGUCCCAGAUGUGCUCAAUUGGAUUCAGGUCUGGGGAACGGGUGGGCCAGUCCAUAGCAUCAAUGCCUUCCUCUUGCAGGAACUGCUGACACACUCCAGCCACAUGAGGUCUAGCAUUGUCUUGCAUUAGGAGGAACCCAGGGCCAACCGCACCAGCAUAUGGUCUCACAUGGGGUCUGAGGAUCUCAUCUCGGUACCUAAUGGCAGUCAGGCUACCUCUGGCGAACACAUGGAGGGCUGUGCGGCCCCCCCAAAGAAAUGCCACCCCACACCAUGACUGACCCACCGCCAAACCGGUCAUGCUGGAGGAUGUUGCAGGCAGCAGAACGUUCUCCACGGCGUCUCCAGACUCUGUCACAUGUGCUCAGUGUGAACCUGCUUUCAUCUGUGAAGAGCACAGGGCGCCAGUGGCGAAUUUGCCAAUCUUGGUGUUCUCUGGCAAAUGCCAAACGUCCUGCACGCUGUUGGGCUGUAAGCACAACCCCCACCUGUGGACGUCGGGCCCUCAUACCACCCUCAUGGAGUCUGUUUCUGACCGUUUGAGCAGACACAUGCACAUUUGUGGCCUGCUGGAGGUCAUUUUGCAGGGCUCUGGCAGUGCUCCUCCUGCUCCUCCUUGCACAAAGGCGGAGGUAGCAGUCCUGCUGCUGGGUUGUUGCCCUCCUACGGCCUCCUCCACGUCUCCUGAUGUACUGGCCUGUCUCCUGGUAGCGCCUCCAUGCUCUGGACACUACGCUGACAGACACAGCAAACCUUCUUGCCACAGCUCGCAUUGAUGUGCCGUCCUGGAUGAGCUGCACUACCUGAGCCACUUGUGUGGGUUGUAGACUCUGUCUCAUGCUACCACUAGAGUGAAAGCACCGCCAGCAUUCAAAAGUGACCAAAGCAUCAGCCAGGAAGCAUAGGAACUGAGAAGUGGUCUGUGGUCACCACCUGCAGAACCACGUCUUUAUUGGGGGUGUCUUGCUAAUUGCCUAUAAUUUCCACCUGUUGUCUAUUCCAUUUGCACACCAGCAUGUGAAAUGUAUUGUCAAUCUGUGUUGCUUCCUAAGUGGACAGUUUGAUUUCACAGAAGUGUGAUUGACUUGGAGUUACAUUGUGUUGUUUAAGUGUUCCCUUUAUUUUUUUGAGCUGUGUGUGUGUAUGUAUGUAUAUAUAUACACAUGUAUAUACGUGUGUGUGUGUGUGUGUGUGUAUAUAUAUAUAUAUAUAUAUACAUACAGUGGGGAAAAAAAGUAUUUAGUCAGCCACCAAUUGUGCAAGUUCUCCCACUUAAAAAGAUGAGAGGCCUGUCAUUUUCAUCAUAGGUACACGUCAACUAUGACAGACAAAUUGAGGAAAAAAAAUCCAGAAAAUCACAUUGUAGGAUUUUUUAUGAAUUUAUUUGCAAAUUAUGGUGGAAAAUAAGUAUUUGGUCACCUACAAACAAGCAAGAUUUCUGGCUCUCACAGACCUGUAACUUCUUCUUUAAGAGGCUCCUCUGUCCUCCACUCGUUACCUGUAUUAAUGGCACCUGUUUGAACUUGUUAUCAGUAUAAAAGACACCUGUCCACAGCCUCAAACAGUCACACUCCAAACUCCACUAUGGCCAAGACCAAAGAGCUGUCAAAGGACACCAGAAACAAAAUUGUAGACCUGCACCAGGCUGGGAAGACUGAAUCUGCAAUGGGUAAGUAGCUUGGUUUGAAGAAAUCAACUGUGGGAGCAAUUAUUAGGAAAUGGAAGACAUACAAGACCACUGAUAAUCUCCCUUGAUCUGGGGCUCCACUCAAGAUCUCAGCCUGUGGGGUCAAAAUGAUCACAAGAACGGUGAGCAAAAAUCCCAGAACCACACGGGGGGACCUAGUGAAUGACCUGCAGAGAGCUGGGACCAAAGUAACAAAGCCUACCAUCAGUAACACACUACGCCGCCAGACUUAGUGCCAGACGUGUCCCCCUGCUUAAGCCAGUACAUGUCCAGGCCCGUCUGAAGUUUGCUAGAGUGCAUUUGAAUGAUCCAGAAGAGGAUUGGGAGAAUGUCAUAUGGUCAGAUGAAACCAAAAUAUAACUUUUUGGUAAAAACUCAACUCGUCGUGUUUGGAGGACAGAGAAUGCUGAGUUGCAUCCAAAGAACACCAUACCUACUGUGAAGCAUGGGGGUGGAAACAUCAUGCUUUGGGGCUGUUUUUCUGCAAAGGGACCAGGACGACUGAUCCGUGUAAAGGAAAUAAUUAAUGGGGCCAUGUAUCGUGAGAUUUUGAGUGAAAACCUCCUUCCAUCAGCAAGGGCAUUGAAGAUGAAACGUGGCUGGAUCUUUCAGCAUGACAAUGAUCCCAAAUACACCGCCCGGGCAACGAAGGAGUGGCUUCGUAAGAAGCAUUUCAAGGUCCUGGAGUGGCCUAGCCAGUCUCCAGAUCUCAACCCAAUAGAAAAUAUUUGGAGGGAGUUGAAAGUCUGUGUUGCCCAGCGACACUGCUCUAGAGGAGAUCUGCAUGGAGAAUGGGCCAAAAUACCAGCAACAGUGUGUGAAAACCUUGUGAAGACUUACAGAAAACGUUUGACCUGUGUCAUUGCCAACAAAGGGUAUAUAACAAAGUAUUGAGAAACUUUUGUUAUUGACCAAAUACUUAUUUUCCACCAUAAUUUGCAAAUAAAUUCAUUAAAAAUCCUACAAUGUGAUUUUCUGGCAUUUUUUUUCUAAUUUUGUCUGUCAUAUUUGACGUGUACCUAUGAUGAAAAUUACAGGCCUCUCUCAUCUUUUUAAGUGGGAGAACAGCACAAUGGGGGGCUGACUAAAACUUGGUUGUCCCCACUAUAGAGAGAUAGAGAGUAAAGAGAGAGAGUAAGAGAUAGAGAUAGAGAGAGAAUAGAGAGAGAUAGAUAAGAAAGAUGAGAGAGAAGAGAUAGAACAAUAUAGAAAAUGAUAUAUAAUACACAGAUAUAUAUAAUAUACACAAUAUAUAUAUAUAUAUAGACACAGAUAUAUAUAUGAUAUAUAUACACAAUAUAUAUAUAUAGAUACACAUAUGUACAUAUGUAUGUAUAUAUAUAUAUAUAUACAUAUGUAUGUGUAUAUAUGUGUGUGUGUGUGUGUGUGUUCUUAUGGGUCUGGUUACCGUUGGCAGAGCAAAUAAGCUGGCACUGUUAGCUUAAUGCCCAUUCCCAUUCCUCCACUGCAGUGGUCGGUGAUGUUUCCACUGCAUGGUUUGGUAGACUGGCUACUACUAUUUCCACUGGCUCAGUAUAAUAUACAGUGCAGUGGUUGGUUCUGGAUCAGUUUAAUCAAUAGGGUAAUUUGAUACAUUGUCUUACUCUCUGUUUCUGCCCCACAGCUACUGCUCUCAUUCAUCUAAUCCAUGCUCAUUAGUUAGAGGGAGAGAGGUGAAGGUUUAUUUCUGAUAGUUUCCAAAACCUAUGAAGAUGUCCAGUGAAAGCAGAUAUGCAAUUUGUUGACACUACAACACAGUAAAUAUUUGGAUACACAUUCUCCUGAAUGCUAGUCAAUAAAAACGUCUGUUAAAUUCACUGCUCUGUUUAGCUUGUUUUCAGCAGGUCCUUUCAUUGGGAACUGUUGGAGGCACUCUCCUAUUGUUACAGCACCAACAGUUCAAGAAUAAAGUUCUAUAUGGGCGCUAACUUGGCAGCCAUUCUAAAACCUGGCCUAACUCUCUCUCUCUAUAUAUGGCUCUGGUAGUAUCCAUCUGUAGACUGUAUAGGUUACCACUCCUUGUGUGUGGACAUUUAGUAACAGUAUGUUUUUAUUUCAAAGGUUCCAGAAACCAUGCUAACGCAACCGGCCAGUAGAUACCUCGGUUGAUUAGAAUGUUUUCUGUCUUGUCCGUUUCCUUGGAGGUAGGCUGGAGACUUUUCCAUGUAGCAGUCUUCAGUUUUUUGUUAUUUUCUUCAAAGAAUGUUUCUUAACCUGUUUGAAUUCAUAAAAAAUAUUGACAUGAAGUACGAUAGCAAUUGCAUGCCUCUAAGCCUCCUGACAAUUUAGCAUUACUAAGACCAGACGGUGCCAGCCCUGGCAUUGCUGGCAUGGUUCUCCCUGGGUAGGAGGCAGGAGGGAAAUGACACUUUGGCACCAUGGCAGCCAAACAGCACCAAUUAGAGUUGAAUCCACAGUGGGGAGGAAGCCGAAAGAAAAAAGACUGACAGAAAGACAGGCAGAGAGACAGAGCCUGGCUUUGAGACUGGCUCCCCUUCUAUCUCCCUCUCAUUACUCAGCCAGGAGAGGAGCAGGGAGAGGACAUCUGCCACUGAAAAAUGACGUAGGCUGGCCCUCUCUACUCAUCCCAAAACGUUUAAAGUGUAAUGAACAUGAUCGUAGAUGUUUAUUUGGGUUAGGAGGUGUUUUUACGGUAAUUGUAUAGUGCAGGUUACUGCUCUCUCCCCCGAGAGCCGUGGUAAGGAAGUUGUGUGUUAUCAGGAAAUGAAUCUCAGACCAAAAUGAAGAGGGGGUCUUUGAAGAGCCCACUCGGACUGAGCCAGACAGUGGAGUGGACAUUUCCUAUUAGAACUCCUCAGCGUUAUUGUCUAUUGUUUGGUCCUCUGGGGAGAUGAGAUGGACUCAGCAAAGCGAGAGAGACGGCAGACGAUGGCAGCUAGCCUAAGGUCAAAACGGCCUAUAGAUGGACGCAUUGUUGUAUGUACGUGUGUGGUAGCCAGUCUAAUAGCCCCCAGGGACUCAGGAGACUAGAGGUGGAGGCAGUGGUCUGACGGUGACAUUUAUGUAAAAGGCCAGUCGGGGCUAGUGGAGGGGUUUCUGUGUUUUCUAUUCAGUUCCAUGGAAUGACCUUGAUGGGCUAUUUAUUCUCUAACAUUCUCCCAGUCUACCCUGGUACUGACACAGGUCACAGCUCUCCUCCCUAACCCAGACCUAGCCGUAACCGUCCUGAACCAGAGCCACACAAUAAUACUGCAUGGUCUGGGACUGGCUGGGCAGGGCCCAAUAUGUGUUAUAGUGAAGGUGGGAGGAGUGAGCGGUGAGACCGGGGUAGGCGGGAGGGUGGUUGGGAUUUGUGGGUACAGAGGUGGCAGGUGGGGAGGGAGGGUGGUUUUGGCUACGGAAAAGUAGUCCUAAUUCACUAAACCUGUGCCUUGCAGGACUUUGGUUUCUAGUUCCUCUGGACUCAUGAAUGGGUAUUUCUCAGUCUUUCCCCCACUGUGCUGUGGCUAGGGCUGUGAAGGCACUCGGACAGCUCAACAGUGAUUGAGACACACCUAAUAGAGAGUCCACAUUGGGGCUAAUUGCUGUGUGAGCGUGCUGUUCCGGCCCAGUCUGUGAGGGGGUGUACAGUAUGUCGGAGAGUGUCCCAAAUUGCAACGUACUACCUACAUAGUGCACUACUUUUGACCAUAGCCCUAUGGGCCCUUGUCAAAAGUAGUGCACUAUAUAGGGGAUAGGGUGCCAUUUGGGACUCGUGUAUCGGGUGGCUGUGUAAUUCAGGGUGACUCAGCUGGCCCUGUAUAAUGCCAUAAUAGGAGCAGCGGCUGGGCUGUCGGAUUAAUAGGAAUAGCGACUGGCUGAUUAGGUGUAGCGCGGUCAAUGGGUCACAGCACAUUUCCCUGUUCCUGGCCUGGGCCAGGGCUGUGUUGGCAGGUAUGCCUCAUUAUGGGAUGUGGACAGACAUGGAGACUGGUUGCAGUAGUAGAGACUGGUUGCGGUAGAAGCGGUUCUUCCAAGUUCUUUUUUCUCCAGGCAGUGAGUGAAUGUAGUGACUUGAUGCAAUUUUAGUCUUUGAGUCUUGGUAAAGCCUACUGUACAGUGGGUUGCGAAAGUAUUCACCCCGCCUGGCAUUUUUCCUAUUUUGGGGGUUUGUAUCAUUUGAUUUACACAACAUGCCUACCACUUUGAAGAUGCAAAAUAUUUUUGGGUGUGAAACAAACAAGAAAUAAGACAAAAAUAACAGAACUUGAGCGUGCAUAACUACAUCAAUACUUUGUAGAGCCACCUUUUGCAGCAAUUACAGCUGCAAGCCUUUUGGGGUAUGUCUCUACAAGCUUGGCACAUCUAGCCACUGGGAUUUUUGCCCGUUUUUCAAGGCAAAACUGCUCCAGCUCCUUCAAGUUGGAUGGGUUCCGCUGGUGUACAGCAAUCUUUAAGUCAUACCACAGAUUCUCAAUUGGAUUGAGGUCUGGGCUUUGACUAGGCCAUUCCAAGACAUUUAAAUGUUUCCCCUUAAACCACUCCAGUGUUGCUUUAGCAGUAUGCUUAGGGUCCUUGUCCUGCUGGAAGGUGAACCUCCGUUCCAGUCUCAAAUCUCUGGAAGACUGAAACAGGUUUCCCUCAAGAAUUUCCCAUGUAUUUAGCGCCAUCCAUCAUUCCUUCAAUUCUGACCAGUUUCCCAGUCCCUGCCGAUGGAAAAACAUCCCCACGUGAUGGUGUUCUCGGGGUGAUUAGAGGUGUUGGGUUUGCGCCAGACAUAGCAUUUUCCUUGAUGGCCAAAAAGGUCAAUUUCAUCUGACCAGAGUACCUUCUUCCAUAUGUUUGGGGAGUCUCCCACAUUUACAUUUACAUUUUAGUCAUUUAGCAGACGCUCUUAUCCAGAGCGACUUACAGGAGCAAUUAGGGUUAAGUGCCUUGCUCAAGGGCACAUUUACGUCAUUUAGCAGACGCUCUUAAACAGAGCGACUCACAAAUUGGUGCAUUCACCCUAUAGGCAGUGGGAUAACCACUUACAAUUUUUUUUGGGGGGGGUAGAAGGAUUACUUUAUCCUAUCCCAGGUAUUCCUUAAGAGGUGGGGUUUCAAAUGUCUCCGGAAGGUGGUGAGUGACUCCGCUGUCCUGGCGUCGUGAGGGAGCUUGUUCCACCAUUGGGGUGCCAGAGCAGCGAACAGUUUUGACUGGGCUGAGCGGGAACUAUGCUUCCGCAGAGGAAGGGGAGCCAGCAGGCCAGAGGUGGAUGAACGCAAUGCCCUCGUUUGGGUGUAGGGACUGAUCAAAGCCCGAAGGUACAGAGGUGCCGUUCCCCUCACUGCUCCAUAGGCAAGCACCAUGGUCUUGUAGCGGAUGCGAGCUUCAACUGGAAGCCAGUGGAGUGUGUGGAGGAGGGGGGUGACGUGAGAAAACUUGGGAAGGUUGAACACCAGACGGGCUGCGGCAUUCUGGAUGAGUUGUAGGGGUUUAAUGGCCUUUUGGCGAACACCAAACGUGUUUGCUUAUUUUUUUCUUUAAGCAAUGGCUUUUUUCUGGCCACUCUUCCGUAAAGCCCAGCUCUGUGGCGUGUGUAUGGCUUAAAGUGGUCCUAUGGACAGAUACUCCAAUCUCCGAUGUGGAGCUUUGCAGCUCCUUCAGGGUUAUCUUUGGUCUCUUUGUUGCCUCUCUUUUUAAUGCCCUCCUUGCCUGGUCGGUGAGUUUUGGUGGGCGGCCCUCUCUUGGCAGGUUUGUUGUGGUGCCAUAUUCUUUCCAUUUUUUAAUAAUGGAUUUAAUGGUGCUCCGUGGGAUGUUGAAUUGUUUUAUAACCCAACCCUGAUCUGUACUUCUCCAUAACUUUGUCCCUGACCUUGUUGGAGAGCUCCUUGGUCUUCAUGAUGCCACUUGCUUGGUGGUGCCCCUUGCUUAGGAGUGUUGCAGACUCUGGGGACUUUCAGAAAAGGUGUGUAAAUAUACUGAGAUCAUGUGACAGAUCAUGUGACACUUAGAUUGCACACAGGUGGACUUUAUUUUAACUAAUUAUGUGACUUCUGAAGGUAAUUGGUUGCACCAGAUCUUAUUUAGGGGCUUCAUAGCAAAGGGGAUGAAUACAUAUGCACGCACCACUUUUACGUUAUUUAUCUUUUAGAGUUUUUUUAAACAAGUUUUUUUUUUUCUCCAUUUCACUUCACCAAUUUGGACUAUUUUGUGUAUGUCCAUUAUAUGAAAUCCAAAUAAAAAUCAAUUUAAAUUACAGGUUGUAAUGCAACAAAAUAGGAAAAACGCCAAUUGGGAUGAAUACUUUUGCAAGGCACUGUAUGUUCUGAGUUAUGCAGGCUAUGUAGCCUGUGCUUGAAUGCAUGGGAGUGGGUGUGAGUUGCCACGGUCCCGUAGGUUCUAACUAGGUUGGUUCUCUGUGGGGGUUUUCCUUGGCUCCAGAGUAGGAACAGGAACCUGUUGUGAGGAGCUGCUAGUGCGCUGGUUAUUAGUGUCCCCCAGGUGGGAACCCUUUUUGAGUGAGGCUCAGAGAUGCGUGCAGUCAGCCAUAACUCCCCUUCUGAGAGCUGUAAUGUAUGCCUAGCGUUAGCUGACACACUAACACAGGACAGACGGGGGCCAUAGGGGCCUAGUCAGGCCUAACACUAACCAACACGAUUCAAUUAUCUGCCCCUUUUUUAAGGAACUACAUUUUCCUUUUGAGUGAUUCCUUACGAAACCUUGACAAAAAAAGACCAUGGGGAUUUUCACAAUUUCAUCCAUAGAAUGGUCUUUUGGGGGAAGGAUUGUUUACAUAUAUUUGACAUUUGUAUCUAAAAGCAUUUAUGACAUUUUGGCCUUACCCAGGCCUCCUUUAAGACUCCAUAAUGUUUCAUCUGUAGGUGCUAUAAAGCAAAAAUUGGUGUCAUCUGAAGCUGUACUGCUUGCUCUGUAAUAUGACUAGUAUUUUUAUUUAAUACGUUUGGGGGUGUUGGAGGGCCAAGAGACCAGAAGUGGCAGAACGGAGUGCUCAGGUUGGGAUUUAGGGUUUGAGCAUAGCCUGAAGGUAAGGCAGGGGUAGUUCCCCUUGCUGCUCCGUAGGCAAGCACCAGUUUGAGAUAAAGGGAGUUCCAUGUGAUCAUGGCUCUAUUCAGCGUUUCCCAAACUCGGUCCUCGGGACCCCAAAGGGUGCACGUUUUGGUUUUUGCCCUAACACUACACAGCUGAUUCAAAUUAUCAAAGCUUGAUGAUUAGUUGAUUAUUGAGUCAAUGGUGUAGUGCCAGGGCAAAAACCAAAAUGUGUACCCCUUGGUGUACGUUGCCUUGAAUUCGUUUUGGGUUUGGGGACUGUAAAGAGACCCCUGGUGGCAUGUCUGUAGGUGUAAGUAUGUCUGUCAGAGCUAUAUGUAAGUUGAAUCAUGGUCUUUUUUUGUCCUGGUUUCGUGAGAAAUCACUCUUUUUCUUUUCUUUUUGGUUUGCAUACAUUUGACUGUGUAAUGCAGGCUUAUUCAUCAUGAUUUCUUCUUAAGGUUGACAGCUUUCACACAGAGUCUGGUUCUGAGGUCUUUGAUGUUGUUCUCAGCUCUUUGCCUUGGUAAUUCAACCAGAAUGUAUGAGGACUUUAUGUGUGUUAUACGGGCCUUGCUCAAAUCGGAAUAAAGAGGAGUAGCCUAUCUGACUGCGUUUAGACCUAGGCCUAAAGAAUGUGAGGGUACUCGUACGUGCUUCAACCCAGCUUGAAUAAAAGGGAAUAGAUACUCAACAAAAACAUAAUCGUAUUAAUCGUGUGACUGUGUGUGUGUGAGUGCUAUUGUGUUUUCCAUAAGUAAUUCCACCAUGAUAAGGAGAACCUUACGUAUGAUGUGUGCUAUACAGAAUAUAUCUAACUGUGUGUGUGUGUGUGUGUGAUUGGUUGUAGCUUGCGAAGAAGAUCCGUGAGAAGUUUAACCGCUACCUGGAUGUGGUGAACAGGAACAAGCAGGUGGUAGAGGCAUCCUACACAGCCCACCUGACGUCCCCCCUCACCGCCAUCCAGGACUGCUGCACCAUCCCCCCCUCCAUGAUGGAGUGAGUAUAUACACACACACACAACCCCUUACCCCUUUCCUCUGUUUACAUGUAUUUUAAUCCUUUCUAACAACAGUCAUCUCCAUGUGUGCAAAAUCUGCAAAUAGAAUUGACAUUUUAGUCAUUUAGCAGAAGCUCUUAUCCAGAGUGACUUACAUGAGUAAUUAGGGUUAAGUGCCUUGCUCAAGGGCACAUCGACAGAUUUUUCACCUAAUCGGCGCAUGGAUUCAAACCAGCAACCUUUCAUUCACACAUGCAUGAGCAGCAGUGGUGGGAUGAUCUCCACUGCGCUGCUCGGCGGCCAUUUAAAUCUCCCAGACAGAUGUUUAUGGGUAAUGGAGUUGUCUGAAGGCCUAUUUCCACCAAUCUCCCACUACAGCAGGAGCAAACGCACCUCAAACGAGCGAGAGAUAGUGGCGAGAGAGAGAGCGCUACUUUCAACCCUAAUCUCUACAGCUCCAGCUGUCUACAUCCCGCUCUCUCUCUCCCUCUCUUCCUCUCUUUUUCUGCUUCUCCCUCCCUCUAUCUCUCAGUCCUAAUGUAGUUUUGAUGGUGUUUUCUAUCUCUCUGAAGUUUCUCCACUGACUUAUCUGGAGUUGAAGGGUCUGUCUCUGCUUCUCCCACAAUCAGUCUGGCUCCGCUCCAGUAUAAUACCUGUGGAAUUUAAUCUGAAUUGAGUCCAGUCCAGGCUUUUCUCUCACACACUUAUUCUGGAGGAGAGAGAGAGAGCUGGGGUGGACUGAGUGUGAAGAAGAUGAUAUAAGAUGAUGGGGUGUGGAGGGAGGCAAAGAGGGUUGCACAAAAUUGAGGCUCACUUCUGAGGGCUGUCUGAUAGCAGGGCAUCGCUCCUACAACUUCAAAGAAUCCCACUAGGAAAAAGCUGACAGCUCUCACUUUGAGAAAGUUCAUUUGGGAGCAUGACCGUUUGGAGGAGUGCAGAAUAACCUUUCCUCUCCCAAGGCUCACCCAGUCCCAGCCAGGGAAAGUUAAAGAGCCAUACAUCUAAUCUGUGCCAGUGCAAUACCAUAGGGCCUGUUUUCAGACUAACUCAGUGCCGUGCUGGACCCUCCAGAGAGGCUGGUGCCAGACCCACGCGUCCUUCAGUGGGCUUAAAGUCAGCUGCUGCUGCCUGCUUCUGUGUCAGAUGGCGGGUCAUAGCUGGCGGUGUCAGGUGGUUCACAGGAUUUCCCAUGUCACUCAGCCAUCACGCGACCACUGGUGUCAGCUAGCCCAUAGGCCACCACACACACACCACGCUGCAAUGCUUUCAUCAGUGUUUGGUCUGGGGGCCAGGUUCCCGGUCUCUCCAAUCAAUGCCUGAAAAUAGCAUGCGUUUCGGUUUUAGUGACUGAUCUUCAGGUACCAGCUAGAUCAUUUUGAGGUGUGGAUGACAAGUUCCAUUGGCACGUCUGAUAAUUCAUCAUAGCCAUUCAUUCCUGUCUCCAGUGUAAGCUAGCUGAGUGUAGUGUACAUGGAGGUAAAGCUGCCGUAACUGUCACUACUACCGCAGCGCUGUCCCCAGCGCCAGUCAGUACAGAUACACAUACACCUCCUCCACACACAAUGUAGGCCUAUACACUGACUAUACAAAACAUUAAGAACACUUGCUCUUUCCAUGACAUACUGUAAACUGACCAGGUGAAAGCUAUGUUCCUUUAUUGAUGUCACUUGUUCAAUCAGUGUAGAUGAAGGGGAGGAGACAGGUUAAAGAACGAUUUUUAAGCCUUGAGACAAUUGAGACAUGGAUUGUGUGUGUGUGAGCCAUUCAUUGGGUGAAUGAGCAAGAAACAAUAUUUAAGUGACUUUUGAAAUGGGGUAUGGUAGUAGGUGCCAGGCGCAACGGUUUGUGUCAAGAACUGCAACGCUGCUGGGUUUUUCAUGCUAAGCAGUUUCCCGUGUGUAUCAAGAAUGGUCCACCACCCAAAGGACAUCCAGCCAACAUGACACAACUGUGGGAAGCAUUGGAGUCAACAUGGACCAGCAUCCCUGUGGAACGCUUUCGACACCCUGUAGAGUCCAUGCCCCAACGAAUUGAAGCUGUUCUGAGGGCAAAAGGUUGGGGUGGAGAUAAGAACAGGCGUUUAGCUGGCCAGCUGCGUGUUUAGAUAAUGGCAGGGGUUAUACAGGGUUGUAUUCUUAUAAUGGGUAUUCCUUCCAGGUUGUCAUUUACUACAUGGAGACUGGAGGAAAGCCUGUAGUCCACCCAACCAUUUCUGCUGUUCUUGUCUGGCUACAGUCUCCAGUGAGGUGGUACAGUAGGGAUGCUUGAGGGAUAAUAUGAGGACACACUACUUACUGUGCAUUGUUAUGACUUUAUAGUCAAUGGGAUAGGAAAUGGCUGCAAAAUGGUACAGCUAUUCAAUGUUUGGAUUUUGUUUUAUUCCUAGAAUUGCCCACUGGUGACUGUUGAGCCCCUCUCCUCUGGCUGUGUUGUGUUGAUCCUGCACUGAUCUCUGUGAGGGAGAGCCAGAGCUGGGCUCUGGUCUGAGCUGAGAUCAGGGAUGUGGGGUCUGCUUGGUUUUCCGUUUGCUCCGAGUGAACUAAUGAAGCUUCUGUUUGAGCGUGAGGUAGCGUGAGAGAGAGGGGUAAGAAAAGAGGAGAGAGUGGCUUAACAGGCUUUAAACCCUUGGCUGAUAGGAGCCCUCUCUCUCUCUCUCUCUCUCUCUCUGACCAAAUGCUUCUGUCCAUAUCGAGAGACCUUCCUCCCCCCUCACUCCCUGCUCCUCCGCUCCCCAAAUCCCCAUUGAGCCCCCCUCUUAGCCUCCCCGACGGCUACACUAAUGAAACGCAGUGCUAUGUGCACUGAUAGAUUAAAAGAGGGAGCAGGCCUGGGAGAGGAGGGCUUGGGAAAGGGGGGCGUUGGGUUGCUUUCUCUCGGCAGGGCUAUAGCAAUACUGUAACUCACUGUGGAGAUGUAGAACACUCUUGGAGAAAAAAAAUAUCCGUAUUCCUUACGGUCAAAUUGAAUGCUGUAGCACAGCAAGAUCUUUAGAAGCAGUGGUGCAUACUGGCAUCAUACUGUAAUACAAUCAAGUAUUUCAAUGUUCGUCAUGCUAAACUCUCUAUAACAGCACUACAGACUUUCAAUACAAUGGUUUGGUUGAUUCAGUACCAAUGGUUCUAAAUCAAACGUUACAUAUAGGGCUCCAUUGUCAGGAGCGUGUAGAAGAUAUCUGUCAAACAGCGCAGUGCUCUAGUACCAAUACUAUCUGCAGUAUUCCUGUAUCUCCCUGAUAUCUCCCUGAUCGAGGCAAGGAGAACUCCUCCCCGUGGGAUAUUUAAAUAAAGCAUAGCAACCCCUUCAUUAUUGAACAUUAUGCAGGCAGGGGCCUCGUCAUAAACCAGCUAAAGCUUCAAGUAAUGGAAGAGCAGUAUUAUAUGUAGGUCUACGUUGUUCUGGUAUAAGGAAAUGCUCUGUAUGAUCUGUGCAGCUUCAGGGGUUAUUUCAUAUAUAUAUAUAUAUAUAUAUAUAUAUAUAUAUAUAUAUAUAUUAGCCCUUUUAAAAGCAGGGAUGUUUUUCAAGACCCUCAUUUGCAUGUUGAAUCCAAAUCAGGGCUGGAAAGUUUUCCUUCUUGCUCAUUCCCCUUUCUCUCUCGCUUUACUCUAUCUCUCCCUACUCCCCAUCUCUCAUCCAUUCUCUCUCCAUCUAUCCCUCUCUCCUGCGCCACUCUCGUUCUCCUGGUUUUGAUGUCAAAUUCAAAGCGCUUGCAAAUGUAUUUUUUAUCCGGCACAUUUGCUUAGCCACCACAUGUAAAGUGUGUUGAAGUAAAAUAAUAAUGGAAGAAGCCUAAUGGGAAUUUAAUGUCUGAAGUUCAAAGCAGCUGCUACAUCAGAGCAGCUGUCAAUCAAAUACACUCUCACAAGCUCCCGAGGGGAGAGGGGGGAUGAGAGGAAGGAGUGUGUGUAUAUGUGUGUGUUCGGUGAGGAUAGCGGCCUACUAUGUGUGUGCGUCUGCAGGCAUGCAUGGCUGGAUGUGCAUGUGCGUUUGUGUGUGUCAGAUAGCAGGUUACUGGUGGUUGGCUGUGUUUCCUGUAUGCAAGGAAGGGUGUAAUGCGAGCCAGCAGAGGGACGGGGUUUAGAGGGGGUGGUGGAUUUGGGGGGGGAGGUCAAAGCGACCCAGCCAUGGUGCAGUGUGGAGCAGGCUACUCCCCUAAGACCCCCCCCCCCCCUCUCCUCUCCCCAUCCCUCUAUCAGCUCUUCAUUAGUGAAGCUGAGGCACUCUGGAAGCUAGCUGCUAUGAGAUGGGCUCCUAUGACUGCAUGGAGGUACCAGGGGGCUGCCCAACCCCAUGUAAUACUGUGAUAUGGGAUCUACUGGGCUUAGAGGAACCAGACACCCACCAUCCCCCAGAGGACACCACGCACGCACACACUACAUGUACCCCACCUAUACAUGCAGGGGGUGCAUUACUGGAAAGAUGAGAGAAGCAUAUAUUCCACACACAGCAUGGGCAGCAUUGAGAUGGUUGCUGCAGUUUGCAUCAGCCCUCUCUAUGCAUCUCAGAUUCAGUCCUCUCCUUGAUGUCCUCGCUUUCUUUUUUCUGUUUCUUGUCUCUCUCCAUCUCCCUCGCUGUUUCUGAGAGAUAUUACUUCUAUGGUAGACAAGUGAAAUAUACUUUGCGGUAGUGCUGUUGUAAAUGUGAUGUGUUCUGUCUCUUUUCAGGUUUGACGGUAACUUCAACACCAACGUGUCCAAGACCAUCUGCUGUGACAGGCUGUCUCCCACUGUCAACAGUCGAGCCUUUAACCCUGGACGGGACCUCAACUCAGGUGGGUCAUCCCCUCUUCAUGUUUAUCUCCUAUACAUCCCCAUUGAGACCUACAGUACAAGUCAAAAGUUUGGACACACCUACUCAUUCAAGGGUUUUUCUUUAUUUUGUACUAUUUUCUACAUCAAAACUAUGAAUUAACACAUAUGGAAUCAUGUAGUAACCCAAAAAGUGUUAAGCAAAUUCUUCAAAGUAGCCACACUUUGCCUUGAUAACAGCUUUGCACACUCUUGGCAUUCUCUCAACCAGCUUCACCUGGAAUGCUUUUCCAACAGUCUUGGAGUUCCCACAUAUGCUGAGCACUUGUUGGCUGCUUUUCCUUCACUCUGCGAUCCAAGUCAUCCCAAACCAUCUCAAUUGGGUUGAGGUCGGGGGAUUGUGGAGGCCAGGUCAUCUGAUGCAGCACUCCAUCACUCUCCUUCUUGGUCAAAUAGCCCUUACACAGCCUGGAGGUGGGUUGGGUCAUUGUCCUGUUGAAAAACAAAUGAUAGUCCCACUAAGCCCAAACCAGAUGGGAUGGCGUAUUGCUGCAGACUGCUGUGGUACCCAUGCUUGUUAAGUGUGCCUUGAAUUCUAAAUAAAUCACUGACAGUGUCACCUGCAAAGCACCAUCACACCACCUCCUCAAUGCUUCACGGUGGGAACCACACAUGCAGAGAUCAUCCGUUCACCUACUCUGCGUCUCACAAAGACACAGCGAUUGGAACCCAAAAUCUCAAAUUUGGACUCAUCAGUCUAAAGGACAGAUUUCCACUUGUCUAAUGUCUAUUGCUCGUGUUUCUUGGCCCAACAAGUCUCUUCCUCUUAUUGGUGUCCUUUAGUAGUGGUUUCUUGCAGCAAUUCGACCAUGAAGGCCUGAUUCACACAGUCUCCUCUGAACAGUUGAUGUUGAUGUGUCUGUUACCUGAACUCUGUGAAGCAUUUAUUUGGGCUGCAAUUUCUGAGGCUGGUAACUCUAAUGAACUUAUUUUUUACAUGUAAGUCAUUUAGCAGACACUCUUAUCCAGAGCGACUUACAGCAGAGGUAACUCUGGGUCUUCCUUUCUUGUGGCGGUCCUCAUGAUAACCAGUUUCAUCAUAGCGCCUGAUGGUUUUUGCGACUGCACUUGAAGAAACUUUCAAAGUUCUUGAAAUUUUCCAGAUUGGCUGACCUUCAUGUCUUAAAGUAAUGAUGGACUGUCGUUUCUCUUUGCUUAUUUGAGCUGUUCUUGCCAUAAUAUGGACUUGGUCUUUUACCAAAUAAGUCUAUCUUCUGUAUACCAACCCUACCUUGUCACAACACAACUGAUUGUCUCAAACGCAUUAAGAAGGAACGAAAUUACAACCAAUUAACUUUUAACAGGGCACACCUGUUAAUUGAAAUGCAUUCCAGGUGACUACCUCAUGAAGCUGGUUGAGAAAAUGCCAAGAGUGUGCAAAACUGUCAUCAAGGCCACUUUGAUGAAUCUCAAAUAUAAAAUAUAUUUUGAUUUGUUUAACACUUUUUUGGUUACUACCUGAUUCCAUAUGUGUUAUUUCAUAGUUUUGAUGUCUUCACUAAUAUUCUACAAUGUAGAAAAUAGUAAAAAUAAAGAAAAACCCUGGAAUGAGUAGGUGUGUCCAAACUUUUGACUGGUACUGUAAGGCCAUAAGGCUCCCUUUACUUCCUGUCCACUUCUUCCUCUUACCCAAACCCCUGCCCGAACCUUCUAACCCACCAUUCAUACAGCAGUCUUCCCCUCUAACAUGGACAGCUAUGGCCUUGCUUAUGAACAAUUGCCAUGCCAACAGCAACCCGUAGAAGUUAAUAUUCCUCACCAUAUUGUUCAAUCUUAAAAGGAAAAGGUCUUUGGACCCAGAUAGAAAUAAUGAUCUGUGCCUGUUUCACGCAUUAUAAGACCACUUUGUAUUCUGUUUUCUCACUCCUACGCUCUCUUCCUCUCUCUCCCCUCCUCUUUCUCCCACUCUCUCUCUUUUUCUCUUUCAUUCAAGAAUAGUGAUUUGUUUUCUACGCUGAAAAUUCUGAUGUCAAAUUAGAUGUUUUUUCCCCCCUUGAUCUCUGGUCUGCAUCUCCAUUUAGUAAGAGGUUGUUUUUUCAUUCUACAUUAGGAGGCUUUGUCGAGCCUUCCCAUCUGCCCCUGCUGCACCACUGUUGGCCAAUCACUCGAAAUCAUAAUCAGACGUGAUUGACGUCCUACAUUUUACCUCGGCAUGUGAACACUCCCAGUCAAAGUCCCUACUCCAUUCAAACAACAAUGAUCACUAUUAAUGCAGUUAGAUGUUCUGUUCUUUAAUGACAUCUAUUCAUAUCAUGGCAGAAUAUUGCUGACUGUACUGAACCGGCUGCAGCAUUUGACCAAUAUUUUCUACUCCUAAUCCCACUCUCGCUAAUGGUCAUUUUUGUCUCGAUAGGGAAACACUGGCAAAGCAAACCGCUCUCUCACAUACACGACCCCUUCUCCUCUAUUAGGACUGUAGAAACUCUUAACAGCCCCUUCUCGUACCUGUCUCCUUGUCUCUCACACCCUCUCCGUCCAAAUUCGAGGCCACUCUGCCUCUGAGCAGAUUAGGAUGAUUCAUCAUCAUCCCAUAGUUUAUUUUCUCAAGGCAGCCAUCAGGAGUUCAUGUUACCACCAUGCCUCCAUUUCUCAGGCUGUCUUGACCUCAAGCCUCUGCUAGCAUUCAUCGUCCCCAUUUUGUCUGGACCCAGUCUAAACAACCAGGGAGGGAGGGAGAGAGGGAGGAGGAAUAGGUGGAUUAUCCAGAGGAGGACAGAGAGGAUGGUUGGGAGAGAGAAGAGGAGAAGGACCGUAAUAGAGGAAAAAGAGAAAGUUGGAGUGCGAGAGGCAAAGAGAAGGAAUAGACAAAUUAUCCAGGGAAGGAGAGAGAGAAAUGACUGGGGGGGGGGCAAGAAGUGAGUGAAUAAAUGAGGGUAGAAAGAGUGAGAGAGGUUGUGAGGUGAGAGAUGGCACUGGUUGUAGUAAAUACUAAGAAGGUGUUGGGUGAAGUUUCACAUCUGUUUUUCCUGGACUCGUCCUUUCCUUCUUGUUCUCACUCCUUUCUCAAUCGUAGUUCCCACGUUGCUCCAGGCACUGGUUUGAUGUGAGUGUAGUUUGUUUUCCAGCCCUGCCCAGUGGACACAUUAACCCCUCUGCACUUAGCCAAAGUGUUACUGAGCUGUGAGGAGGGGAGCUGGGAAAGGGAAGUGUGAUUGAGUACGGAUGGAGAGGGUUAGAGGAAGCGGCGGCCCCUCAGCCUGUCUGUGGUUCUAGUGUUUUCUAAACACUGGUGGCAGGAUUAAGCGCUGCAGCCUAGCAGAUGUAUACAUACUAUUUUAGACUGUCAACAUCCCAAGUGGUUCCUGUUUAUACCAGGCCUGUAGAUGGAUGAAGUGGCCUAGAGUGCAGAUAUAUGGCAAGCUAGCAUGCCUCUGGUCAAUAACCAACGCCAUAGGAAAUACUAGCAUGCCUCUGGUCAAUAACCACCGCCAUAGGAAAUAGUAGCGUGCCACUAACUCGUAUCCAUUCUCAUGUUCUAGAGUGUAGUGUUGGUCUAUAUUGGGUACUGUGUGUUCAUGUUGUUGAUUCUGUAUGGUUAGUGUUGUAGUGGUCUGCUUGCUAGUUGUUCUAUAUUGGGUAGUGUGUUAGGAAAAUACUGAUGAGAUUGGAUUAGCAUGUGUGGAGUGGGGUAAUGAACUCUAGUGUGUCGCUAGCGCCGACAUGCCUGUCUUUUAUAAGGUAGCGCGGCUAAAUACUUUCAACGGUGACAUGUUUGCUAUUAUCGAUCUUAAGGGGCCUACUUUGUAACACAUACACACACACACACUUUUGUUGACACGGGUUAAGGAAUAUGGCUCUAUUUGUCUCUCUCCCGCUCUCUUCUGUCACGUUCAUGUGAUUGGCUGUUUUGUGUUCCUCUUUUUCUCUGCUCCCCCCAGACAGGAAGCUGCAGGGUUUUGUGAUCGGAUCUCUCUGAAGAUUCUCCUGACUCCUCUGACCCAAUAAAAGUCUGUUUGUUUAGGCAGCUACUUUGGCCCUGUUCCCUGGCAGAUGCUGCCGUUAUAUCAGCCUGUAGUGCAGUAAUAUAAGGAACCACUGAAAGUUAUUAUAUCAGCCUUUAUCUGUUGAUAGUGAAAUUCUUAAAUUCUCUUGAUCUAUUUAAAGUUACAUUUUGUUGAUACUCUGAGUGAGAAAGUGUAGCUUAAGUUGAGACUUAUUAAAAUAGCUAGACCUUAUGUUGUCGUGUGAGCAUAGUCACACUAUAGUGAAACUAUUAAAACCAUGUCAGUUAUACAACAGGAAUAAACAGUUUAAUCAGUCUGACACAUGCACACAGGGAAUGUGAGUUUAUGCAGGGCCUUACAACAUCAUGUGAUCUCACACUCACUUUUCACACACAGACUAGAGGAGAUAUGGUUAACCCUUUAAAGCCUCGCCAUCUACCAGUUGGCUUUGACAGGUGUCUGAGAGACCAGAAUGAAUCCCCCUUGUAGGGUAAUUCAUGUUAAAGAGUGGGUGAAGGAGUGAGAAAUGAUAGACCUCUUUCUUUGUUUCGCAAUAUUUAAUCUCCCAGAAUCCCUCCAAUUUUAUGCUGUAUCAAUCCUACCUCAAUCUCUCUCUCAGGAUUUCUCAAUUGCACUUAUUGUUUUAGUGGUACUCACUUUUUUUUGUUCAAAGUUAGGGAGGAAGAGGACAGAGGUUUAGUUUCCUGGGGUUUUGAUCGGUGAGGUGUGAGCAAUGGCUUCGCAGCCCAACAGCCUAGCAGCCUAGCAGCCUAGCGCGGAGGAGACGCUGUCGUUACGGCAUGGAUUCAGGUGUGUUCCCGAGAAUGGAAUUAAGGUGGAGGAGGUUCUGCUCGCGGUCGGCGAACAGGUAGGAGCUGAAUUUAUACAUUCCGCUUCCAGAAUGAGCAAAGCUGUGGUUGUGUUCAUGAAAUGAGAACAUUUGGUGGGUAGGCUCAUUUCUAGUGGAAUAUUUGUAAGGGGUGUGUUGGUGCCAAUUUCUCCUCUUUCUACCCAUUCGACUAGGGUGGUAGUUGCAAAUUUGCCUCCGUUUAUUACGGAUGAUCAAAUCAGGAAGGAGCUGAGUCGUUUUGGUAUGUUUGCUAGUGGUUUUUGUGUACUGUCGGCAGGUUUUCAGGCAGAUGCCGUCAAGCAUGUUGUUUCGUUCCGGAGGCAAGUGUUCAUGUUUCUGAAUAACAAUGAGCAACAGUUAAAUGUGCAUUUUAAAGUGAGGCAUUGGGAGGGGCUCUACGCAGGGUUUGCCAGCAUAGAUAGUCUGCGGUGCUUUGAGUGUGGGUAUUUGGGGCAUAAGAGCUUUGCGUGCCCACAUAAAGGCCGUAGACAAGGUGAUGGUACAAGCACCAGUGAGGGAAAUCGAGGUCAACGUGCCGGGGACCAUGAGACACAGGCAGCAGAGGCUGGGCCUAGUCAUGCUGCAGAUGGUGGGGUAUAUGAGGCUGGGUCUAGUCAUGCUAUAGAUGGUGGUGUAGGUGAGGCUGGGUCUAGUCAUGCUAUAGAUGGUGGUGUAGGUGAGGCUGGGUCUAGUCAUGCUAUGGAUGGUGGUGUAGCUGAGACUGGGUCUAGUCAUGUCAUAGAUGGUGGUGUAGAUGAGGCUGGGCCUAGUCAGGUUAUGCUAAUGAGGGAGGAGACUAUAGUGGGGAAGGGUAAGCGACUAGUGGGGGUGGAGGAGGGUGUCAAGCGGAAGAGGAAAAAGGUGGAGAAGAAAAGAGGUGGGAGGGGAGAGGCUGGUGUGGUGAAAGGCACCAAGGAACCUUUGCCUGGUUCUGGGGGGGAGGUCCCGACUAGAGAGAAAGGGCAGGUGGUCAGGUUGGGAUGAGGAGGAGGAAGGUGAGACUGAGGAAGAGGAUGAUGAGGAGGAUUUAUUUUCAGACUCCUCCUCAAUGGGUCCAGAGCUGACAGCCAGUCAGUCAGAGGGGUCAAAGUACACGGUGAGGGAACUGUCAAGGUUCCUGAAUGAGACAAAGGGGGAAAAAGUUAAUCUUGAGUCUUUUUUUUGCGAUCCGGGAAAGUUUGUAAGAUCAGUACAACAUGCAAUGAAAAAUGACGGGCAUGGUGUCCUCUCACCCAGGAAACGGUUUAGGUAGAGGAAGUGGGUCACAACCGUGCGUAAAGGUCUACCUUCAGACAGUUUAGAUGAAAGUUUUCUUUCUGGCACUGGGGCUUUUUGAGCUUUGCUAUUGGUCUCUUUCUUUGCUGGCUUUUCUCCCACUUCUUAUGGAGACUCUUUGGGUAGGCUCGCUUAAUAUUAAUUUCUGGUGGAAAGGGGCAAGUGUGCUGAGCCAUGGGACAAAUGGUAGUGCAGGGGUGGCAGUCCUUUUUGUACCGUGUCUGUCUGUAAAAAUUUGCUCCUCAAAAGAGGUGUGUAGGGGUAGACUGCUUGUAGUAAAAGCAGAAAUUAACAACAGGGGUUUUGUCUUUAUAAAUGGGUGUCUUAGACAGGAACUCUCACAGGUAUUGCUUGAGCCUCGUUCAGGCUCAGUGGGGGUGUUAAAGGACAUCAUUAAUCAGUUUGACCUAGUGGAUGUUUGGAGAACUAGACAUCCCAUCACAAGACAGUAUACAUGGGUGAAGGUCUUUGGGGCUAGGGUGAGUGCAGCCCGGCUUGAUCGAUUGUACAUGUCCAGGAAUCAGAGCAAUAGGCUGUUGGGCGCUACCAUUCUCCCGGUGGGUUUUUCGGAUCAUCUCAUAACCAUGGCUCGGCUGUCUAUUUCACCAGGGCCUCGGCAGGCAUCCUAUUGGAAGUUUAAUGUAAAGCUCUUACAAGAUGUCACUUUUUGCUCAGGUUUCCAUACUCUUUGGGAAAGGUGGGGGCAGCGAAGAUAGAAGUAUGAGUCUCUGAGUCAAUGGUGGGAUGUUGGAAAGUCAAAAUUUGUCUUUUCUGUCAACAGUAUACAGCUCUCUCAUCCUCAGAGGCUAGGAGAGUAUUGGGGGAACUCGAGCGUCGUAUUAGUGAGAUGGAGGUAGAGCUGGUGGGCCAAGGCAAUGUAGGCCUCCAGGCUAAUUUAGCUGAACUACGUAGGGACCUGGGCAGUUUUUCACAGGUUAAAGCAAAGGGAGCACUUGUAAGAGCUAGGUUCUCCAUGCUCAAGGAGAUGGAUGCUCCCAGCUCCUCCUUCUUUGGUUUGGAAAGACAGAGCGGUGAAGCCAAGGGAAUGCAUUGUUUACGGCUUUUGGAUGGGAGGGUGACCUCUGUGGUGGGGGAGAUGCGGGACCGGACUGUGGAGUUUUAUACUUAGUUGUAUAGGGCAGAACUGUGUGAUCCUAUGUGUGCUCAGGUUUUGCAGAACUCCCUAAGCUCUCUCUGGCACAGAGGGAUUACAUUUUACAUUCCCCUGUUGUCCCAUGAACUGGCAGAGGCCGUAACCCAGAUGUCCCCCGGCCGUGCACCAGGGGUCGAUGGACUCCCAGUGGAGUUUUAUAAAAAAUUCUGGGGAAUAAUUGGACUGGACUUCUUUUGCGUGUUGCGUGAGUGCAUUGGGGUAGGAGAGUUGCCGAUGAGCUGCUGUCGGGCGGCUCUGACUCUCCUGCCCAAAAAAGGGGACUUGUGUGAACUUAAGAACUGGAGGCCUGUGGCAUUGCUCUGUGCGGACUACAAGAUAUUUGCCAAGGUCCUCGCUAACAGACUGAAGUCCCAUCUGGACUCUAUAGUACACAAGGACCAGACAUAUUGCAUACCAGGAAGCUCAAUCACAGACAACUUCUUCUUAAUCAGGGACAUGUUGGACUUAUCGAGAGGUUCUAAUGUGAACUUUGGACUGGUCUCUUUAGAUCAAGAGAAGGCUUUUGAUAGUGGACCAUGAGUAUCUGUUUAAUGUGAUGUCUGUGUUUGGGUAUGGGAAAAGGUUUUUGGCCUGUGUGAAGAUGUAUGCACGGGUGUCAUGUACAGUGGGGAAAAAAAGUAUUUAGUCAGCCACCAAUUGUGCAAGUUCUCCCACUUAAAAAGAUGAGAGAGGCCUGUAAUUUUCAUCAUAGGUACACGUCAACUAUGACAGACAAAUUGAGAUUUUUUUUCUCCAGAAAAUCACAUUGUAGGAUUUUUUAUUAAUUUAUUUGCAAAUUAUGGUGGAAAAUAAGUAUUUGGUCACCUACAAACAAGCAAGAUUUCUGGCUCUCACAGACCUGUAACUUCUUCUUUAAGAGGCUCCUCUGUCCUCCACUCGUUACCUGUAUUAAUGGCACCUGUUUGAACUUGUUAUCAGUAUAAAAGACACCUGUCCACAAUAUCAAACAGUCACACUCCAAACUCCACUAUGGCCAAGACCAAAGAGCUGUCAAAGGACACCAGAAACAAAAUUGUAGACCUGCACCAGGCUGGGAAGACUGAAUCUGCAAUAGGUAAGCAGCUUGGUUUGAAGAAAUCAACUGUGGGAGCAAUUAUUAGGAAAUGGAAGACAUACAAGACCACUGAUAAUCUCCCUCGAUCUGGGGCUCCACGCAAGAUCUCACCCCGUGGGGUCAAAAUGAUCACAAGAACGGUGAGCAAAAAUCCCAGAACCACACGGGGGGACCUAGUGAAUGACCUGCAGAGAGCUGGGACCAAAGUAACAAAGCCUACCAUCAGUAACACACUACGCCGCCAGGGACUCAAAUCCUGCAGUGCCAGACGUGUCCCCCUGCUUAAGCCAGUACAUGUCCAGGCCCGUCUGAAGUUUGCUAGAGUGCAUUUGGAUGAUCCAGAAGAGGAUUGGGAGAAUGUCAUAUGGUCAGAUGAAACCAAAAUAUAACUUUUUGGUAAAAACUCUACUCGUCGUGUUUGGAGGACAAAGAAUGCUGAGUUGCAUCCAAAGAACACCAUACCUACUGUGAAGCAUGGGGGUGGAAACAUCAUGCUUUGGGGCUGUUUUUCUGCAAAGGGACCAGGACGACUGAUCCGUGUAAAGGAAAGAAUGAAUGGGGCCAUGUAUCGUGAGAUUUUGAGUGAAAACCUCCUUCCAUCAGCAAGGGCAUUGAAGAUUAAACGUGGCUGGGUCUUUCAGCAUGACAAUGAUCCCAAACACACCGCCCGGGCAACGAAGGAGUGGCUUCGUAAGAAGCAUUUCAAGGUCCUGGAGUGGCCUAGCCAGUCUCCAGAUCUCAACCCCAUAGAAAAUCUUUGGAGGGAGUUGAAAGUCCGUGUUGCCCAGCGACAGCCCCAAAACAUCACUGCUCUAGAGGAGAUCUGCAUGGAGGAAUGGGCCAAAAUACCAGCAACAGUGUGAGAGAACCUUGUGAAGACUUACAGAAAAUGUUUGACCUGUGUCAUUGCCAACAAAGGGUAUAUAACAAAGUAUUGAGAAACUUUUGUUAUUGACCAAAUACUUAUUUUCCACCAUAAUUUGCAAAUAGAUUCAUAAAAAAUCCUACAAUGUGAUUUUCUGGAUUUUUUUUCCCUCAUUUUGUCUGUCAUAGUUGACGUGUACCUAUGAUGAAAAUUACAGGCCUCUCUCAUCUUUUUAAGUGGGAGACCUUGCACAAUUGGUGGCUGACUAAAUACUUUUUUCCCCCACUGUAUGGCGAAGGUGGGAGGGGGGCUCAGUAGGCCAGUCUUGGUGAGGCGGGGCAUUAGACAAGGAUGCCCUCUGUCAGGGCAGUUAUAUACACUAGCCAUUGAGCCUUUUUUGGGAGACUGCAGGGAGUGUGCUGGACAGGCAUGGGUGUGUUGACAGGCAUAGCAGUGUCACCGUAUGCAGAUUAAGUUUCUGUGAUGGUCAGGAUAUGCAGGCACUAGAGACUAGUCUGAAGGUGUACGAGGGAGCUUCAUCAGCUAAGGUAAACUGGGGCAAGAGCAAAGCUCUGUUAUAUGGGGCAUGAGGGGAUAGGGCCCCUCUGCUUCCAGGGGGUUUGCAGUGGGGUAGUGAAGGGCUUAACAUUUUGGGAGUGUACCUGGGCUCGGCCACCCUGCACUGAUGGCAGUGGGAUUACUAAGGCUGGGUGACCUGCGACUGCUGGGAGAGGAGGGGUGGAAAACCCCAGAAGUCCUAGCACAACAAAUAGGACUAACAUCUCUUAGGCUGCUGGAGAGAUUCCUGGGGGAAGUCCAGGAGGCACUGUCUGAGCCGGUAAGGGGGGGGUUUGAGCGACCAAAGGGAGAGGGGCCACCAAUGUUUCCGCCACUGUAGGUGACGGCAGAGACUGGGGAAUGGCAAGGGGGUCUGGAGGACUUGUUAGAUUAUAACACUCUGAGCCUGGGGGAGUUUGAAGGGGUGGGAGGUAAAGCCCUAUACAACCUCUGUAUUAAGGUAAGGAACAUUAGGAGCCUAACAGGAGUGAAGGCACAUCAGUGGCUGGGGGUAUGUGGGGCGGAGAGUAUGGUGGGUUUUAGAUGGAGGGGGCUCUACAAACUCCCAAUGCCAAAGAGGUCAGGGGACCUCUAGUGGAGGGUUCUACAUGGAGCUAUGGUGUGUUGGGGCGGCUGUCUGUAUAGCUGGGGAAGAUGGUCUGGAUAUACGGUUGUAGAAGUGGUGAGGUUUGGGUUAUUGUGAUGUGUAGUGUUGUUUUUGUAUCGUGGGGUAGGGGGCAAGGUGAGUAUUCAGUACAGGGGAUAUUGGUAUUUUUUUAAAUGUUAUUUUAAGGGGGGGGGGGGGGGGGGGGCGUUGAGGUUUUAAUGAAAUUAAAAUGUGUCAUUAAAGAAAGACAAAGUCAGUCUCUCUCAGGAUUUCUCUCUCUCUCAGGAUUUCUCUAUCUCUCUCUCAGGAUUUCUCUCCCUCUCAGAUUUCUCUCUCUCUCAGGAUUUCUCUCUCUCUCUCAGGAUUUCUCUUUCUCUCAGGAUGUCUCUCUCUCUCAGGAUGUCUCUCUCUCUCUCAGGAUAUUUCUCUCUCUUAGAAUAUUUCUCUCUCUCUCUCAGGAUAUUUCUCUCUCUCUCUCAGGAUAUUUCUCUCUCUCUCUCAGGAUAUUUCUCUCUCUCUCUCAGGAUAUUUCUCUCUCUCUCUCAGGAUAUUUCUCUCUCUCUCUCAGGAUAUUUCUCUCUCUCUCUCAGGAUAUUUCCUCUCUCUCUCAGGAUAUUUCUCUCUCUCUCUCAGGAUAUUUCUCUCUCUCUCUCAGGAAUUCCCGCGCUCAGUAUAUUUCUCUCUCCUCUCCGCUCAGGAAGUUCCUCUCUCCUCUCUCAGGAUUUCUCUUCUCCUCUCACUGAAUUUCUCUCUCUCUCUCUCAGGAUUCUCUCUCUCUCUCUCCAGGAUUUCUCUCCUCUCUCCUCAGAUCUCUCGCUCUCUCUCCUCGCUCUCAUCUCUCUCUCUCUCUCGCUCUCUCUCUCUCUCUCUCUCAGGAUUUCUUCUCUCUUCAGGAUUUUCUCUCUCUUCCUCUCUCUCUCUCUCUCAGGAUUUCUCGCUCUCUCAGGAUUUUCUCUCUCUCUCAGGAUUCUCUCUCUCGCUCCUCAGGAUAUCUCUCCUCUCUCAGGAAUUUUCUCUCAAAUCAGGGACCUCUCUCUCUCUCUCUCUCAGGAUCGAUCUCUCUCUCUCUCUCAGGAUCGAUCUCUCUCUCUCUCUCAGGAUCGAUCUCUCUCUCAGGAUCGAUCUCUCGCUCUCUCUCAGGAUCGCUCUCUCUCAGGAUCGCUCUCUCUCAGGAUCGCUCUCUCUCAGGAUCGAUCUCUCUCGAUCUCUCUCAGGAUUUCUCUCUCUCUCAGGAUUUCUCUCUCUCUCAGGAUUUCUCUCUCUCUCAGGAUCUCUCUCUCUCUCUCUCUCUCUCUCUCUCUCUCUCAGGAUCUCUCUCAGGAUCUCUCUGAGGAUCUCUCUCUCUCUCAGGAUUUCUCUCAGGAUCUCUCUCUCUCAGGAUCUCUCUCUCUCUCUCUCUCUCUCUCUCUCUCUCAGGAUCUCUCUCAAUUCAAUUCAAUUUAAGGGCUUUAUUGGCAUGGGAAACGUAUGUUAACAUUGCCAAAGCAAGUGAAGUAGAUAGUAAACAAAAGUGAAAUAAACAAUAAAUAUUAACAGUAAACAUUACACUCAGAAGUUCCAAAAGAAUAAAGACAUUUCAAAUGUCAUAUUAUGUCUAUAUACAGUGUUGUAACAAUGUGGAAAUAGUUCAAGUACAAAUGGGAAAAUAAAUAAACAUACAUAUGGGUUGUAUUUACAAUGGUGUUUGUUCUUCACUGGUUGCCCUUUUCUUGUGGCAACAGGUCACAAAUCUUGCUGCUGUGAUGGCACACAGUGGGAUUUCACCCAGUAGAUAAGGGAGUUUAUCAGAAUUGGGUUUGUUUUCAAAUUCUUUGUGGAUCUGUGUAAUCUGAGGGAAAUAUGUGUCUCUAAUAUGGUCAUACAUUUGGCAGGAGGUUAGGAAGUGCAGCUCAGUUUCCACCUCAUUUUGUGGGCAGUGUGCACAUAGCCUGUCUUCUCUUGAGAGCCAGGUCUGCCUACGGCGGCCUUUCUCAAUAGCAAGGCUAUGCUCACUGAGUCUGUACAUAGUCAAAGCUUUCCUUAAGUUUGGGUCAGUCACAGUGGUCAGGUAUUCUGCCACUGUGUACUCUCUGUUUAGGGCUAAAUAGCAUUCUAGUUUGCUCUGUUUUUUUGUUAAUUCUUUCCAAUGUGUUAAGGAAUUCUCUUUUUGUUUUCUCAUGAUUUGGUUGGGUCUAAUUGUGUUGUUGUCCUGGGGCUCUGUGGGGUCUGUUUGUGUUUGUCAACAGAGACCCAGGACCAGCUUGCUUAGGAGACUCUUCUCCAAGUUCAUCUCUCUGUAGGUGAUGGCUUUGUUAUGGAAGGUUUGGGAAAUCACUUCCUUUUAAGUGGUUAUAGAAUUUAACGGCUCUUUUCUGGAUUUGGAUAAUUAGCGGGUAUCGGCCUAAUUCUGCUCUGCAUGCAUUAUUUUGUGUUUUUCGUUGUACACGGAGGUGUUUGUCCCAUUGUAGUGUUUGUCCCGUUUUGUGAAUUCUUGGUUGGACCCCAGACCUCAAAACCAUAAAGGGCAUUGGGUUCUAUAACUGAUUCAAGUAUUUUUAGCCAGAUCCUAAUUGGUAUGUCGAAUUUUAUGUUCCUUUUGAUGGCAUAGAAGGCCCUUCUUGCCUUGUCUCUCAGAUCAUUCACAGCUUUGUGGAAGUUACCUGUGGCGCUGAUGUUUAGGCCGAGGUAUGUAUAGUUUUUUGUGUGCUCUAGGGCAACCGGUGUCUAGAUGGAAUUUGUAUUUGUGGUCCUGGCAACUGGACCUUUUUUGGAACACCAUUAUUUUUGUCUUACUGAGAUUUACUGUCAGGGCCCAGGUCUGACAGAAUAUGUGCAGAAGAUCUAGGUGCUGCUGUAGGCCGUUGGUUGGUGACAGAAUCUCGCUCUCGCUCUCUCUCGCUCUUUAAGGAUCUCUCUGAGUAUUAAUCCUACCUACUGUUUACAAUACUGACCUCUCUCUCUCCUCCUCUCUCCUCUGUAGUGUUGGCAGAUAACCUGAAGUCCAAUCCGGGCAUCAAGUGGCAGUACUUCAGCUCAGAGGAGGGCAUAUUCACUUUGUUCCCCGCCCACAAGUUCCACUGCAAGGGCAACUACGAGCACCGCAGCAGGUAAUGUUACACUAUCACACAGCAUCACUCAGAUAAACAGUACAAUCAACUAGCCCAAAACACAUGGUCAAGAAUGGAGUCAUUAUUGUCACAUAAAUCAUCACUGACUGCACAUUCCUCACACAUGAAGUUUUGUAUGGCUACAUCAAGGAUAUUGUUCUUGACUAUCCAAGAUGGUCGUCACCUACUAGGCAAAGAGGAAACAGAAAACCACUAUUCUUCUAUUCCACUUCCUCCCUCUCCUUUGUUCCUGUGUGGCACAGUGAGAGGACAUGUAAAUGUCAUUUUUCCUCUACUCUGGUGUUGUUGGGUUUCUUCUCCUCUCUGAGACAGACAGACUCCCUGACCACACAUGCCCUUGAUGCCCAUGGCAGGAAUGUGUUCUGAGACCAGUAAAGACCACUGGAAUCUCUCACCCACUGUUGUGGUUUCUCUGGCUUAGCCUGGUGAAAGACAUCUCUCUCUACUCUCUCGCUCUCUGUCAGUCUCUCUCUCUCUUUUUCUCACCCCCUCUGACUCUCUCUUUCAUCCCCUCUCUCACCAAAUACUUAAAGGCCAGUCUCUCUCAACCAGCCAGCUGGCAUUCAGCGCUGAGAAAAAUGAUGUCACCCUCACCCUGGCUUGCUACAAAGACAAAUGGGGACUUAAGACUAGAACAGCCAAGACGGUCAUUCUAUAAGUUAAUUUCAAUAAAAACCUUGAACCCACCUUUCCCUGACUUUUCCUAAAUUCGUGUAUUUUACAGUCUAGCAGUACUUUGAGAUAAAUAUCAUAAAGACAUUCUGAGCAUUCCUACCUCAAAGCGCCUUGACGGUCAAAAUUACAUCUGCAUAUUUAACAGUAGAAUAGCUGGGCCUCAACGAGUACAAAUAGCAGCCAAUCUAACAUUGAAUAUACACAAUCACAAAGAAUUCCGUUAAUAUUUUGUUUAGGAACAUCAUAAAAAACAUGAUACAAAGACAAUUUAUUUCAAAAGAACAGAAUAGCAUGUUUUUGAGUUGUAUUUAUCUGUGCUUAAUAGCCAAGGCUAUAUGGCUGUGCCAUGCCAGUGAAAUCAACUUGUUCAUUUAGCAGACAUCACACGCUUAUAUUCCCCUGCCCUACCACAGUCAACACACAUAUAUUAUACAGGAAGAAUAUAACAGAAUCAAAUAGAAUGGCCGUUGCUGAUUGUCGCCAGUACUCACAUGAGGAACCCGCCAAGCCGCGGUUAUUCUAGGAAAAGUUAUAUUUCGAAACAAAGCCCAUCCUCACAAUUUUGAGUUGUUUGGAAGAACUAGAUUAAUUAGUUUACCUUAGAGUAUUGCAAUCGUUCCUUUUGUCAAUGCACGCUGCACUGGUCAUCAGUCUCUUCAUUCUCAAUUUGACAAUAGAUAAUAUUGUCACCCAUCAGACUAUUGUCAAUUUAAUAUUGUUAAAUUAGGCCUAUUAUUAUACAAUAUGUGUGAAAUUUGUUUCAAUAUAGUUCAGGUGUAGUUUGGAUGUGACAUUAGCUGGGCAGGCAACUGUGGUCUUAGUCAGAAAAUACACGUAUCUUAUUUUAGUAUUUACAGUGUGCGCUUCUGGAUCAAUCAAUCAAUACAUUUUCUGAUUGAUUACAAUUUACAUUUGGUGUCAUGAGGUUUCGUAUGACCUAUUGUAACAUAAAUCGCUAAAUGAAUGCAUUUAUUAUCAUUUAUUCUGGAAUAUUUAAACAAUUGAAAUAUCAGCGGUCAGAAUGACCGUCAUGGUCAUUCUAGUAGUUAUGGAAUUCCGGUGCGCCAAACACAAACAUGCCCUUUCCCCCGUCUGUGCCUCCUAGUGCUGUGCUACCACACUGAGCUAUACCAGACACAAAACCAACCAAACAAUGCAGCUUGGGAUGUUGCUACACUCUAAUACAGGGGUGUCAAACACACAUACACUACCGGUCAAAAGUUUUAGAACACCUACUCAUUCAAGGGAUUUUAUUUUUACUAUUUUCUACAUUUUAGAAUAAUAGGGAAGACAUCAAAACUAUGAAAUAACAGAUAUGGAAUCAUGUAGUAACCAAAAAAGUGUUAAACAAAUCAAUAUAUUUGAUAUUCUUCAAAUAGCCACCCUUUGCCUUGAUGACAACUUUGCACACUCUUAGCAUUCACUAUCAUUCCACUAUUACUGCAGAUAUAGUAUGGACAUUUUCAGAAAUGACAAUGCAAAAAUUCUACAUGUAGCUUCUUUUAAUAGGAAAAGAAAACAGAUGGCUUCGGUCACUUCGACUCUAGACUAGUUUUGUCUGACACAAACGGGUUUGGCAAUAGGAGCUUGACAAAGGGAAUGGUGGUGAUGGUUGGAUAAGUGGUGGUGGUGGUGAUGGUUGGAUAAGUGGUGGUGAUGGUUGGAUAAGUGGUGGUGGUGGUGGCGGUGCCUCCCAAAAGCAACAGUAGUCCUGGGAAUGGGAUCUCUUGUGAAAACAGUGUGUGGAGGGCUCAGGGCAGCCGGACGUAGAGGGGACAGCCCUGGGAACUGCAGUUCAGCUCAGGCCACCAAGAAGCAGGGGGGAUAUAAGAGAGGGUUAGGGUUACCAGCCUGGGUCAGACAAUGGGAGAAUAAUUAUCUGGUGUCAAUAAACCACCAUUCUAAACAGAUGAUUGUGUUUGUGUAUGUUUUUGAGUGGGAUUGUGUUGUUGAGAGUUUGAGUGUAUGUGUUAGAUUUGUGUAUACAGUACAUGUGAUUUGUGUGUAUACCGUGUCCUCAUCACGAGUGUGUGUCUGUCUGUGUGUUUGUUCUCGCAGGCCAGUGUACGUGUCGGCAGUGCGGCCCCAGUCUAAACACAUUGUGGUGAUCAUCGACCACGGAGUGACCAUUACAGACACACAGCUCCAGAUCGCCAGAGAUGCUGCACUCGUCGUCCUCAGCUCCAUAGACGAACAUGACAAGGUGAGGAGCACUCCUCUGAUUUUGAUAACUUCCUGCCCUAAUUCCCCUUCGCCCCCUCUGAUACAUCCCCUAUUAUCCCCUGACACGUCAUCCAUUUUCUUUUUCCUCUCCCUCUAAAGCUACAAAGUACAUAUGCCCAGUGAUUACAGUGUCGAUCCCAAAAGUUGUUGUUGUUUCUGUUGUGUUUGUUGGUAAUGAAUGUGUCUGUGAUGAUACUAACGUCUGUCUGUCUGUCUGUCUGUCUGUCUUUGUUUCCCUGCCCCCCAGAUUUCGAUCCUGUCCUCAGCGGAGGCUGUGCGGUCCUGUUCUCUGGACCAGUGCUAUAAGAGCUACCUGUCUCCUGCCACCAGCGAGACCAAGAGGAAGAUGAGCACCUUCAUCAGCAACCUCAAGGCCUCUGACAGCCCUACCCAGCAUGCACUGGGCUUCCAAAAGGCCUUCCAGCUGCUCCGGAACACCAGCAACAUCACCCGCCAACUCACCAGUAAGAAUAGGGCACCAUGGGAAAUGCAGUCUUUAGCACUGGCCACUGAUGCCGCAGGCUUGUUCUACAGGAAAUGCCAAAUUCGUUAUUUUUCAACACGUGGCAAUGUAUUUGUAACAAAAAACAAUUGGUAGAAAUGGCUCAAUAAAUGUGACUUGAGAUCAAGGAUUUGGGAGAUGAAGGGUUUAUGAACAAGGAAGUGUGUUAUUAGUUUUUUGAUCUCUCUUUGUUUGUGUUCCUGUCAGACACAGACAUGGUGAUCAUCUACCUGUCGUCUGGCAUCACGUCCCGAGACGCGUCGGAGCAUGAGAAGAGAGACACCCUGCGCGUGGUCAAAGAGGAGAACCGCCACCUCAACAACUCAGUCAUGAUCCUCACCUACGCCCUCAUGAAUGGUAGGAACCCUCCACCACACACAGUUUGUCUGUGGUCAAAAAUCACCCUCGACCACACAGGGUCGUCUACGGUCAGAAAUCAAAUUGAGAUUUACUCAAUCAAGAGAAAAGGAAAUGUCAUGGUUAUGACUGAAAGUGUCACGAGUAUGUUUAAAAUUGGAAUUAAAAUCCAAUAUGUUUUGUAAUAUGACUAAUGUUGUAACAAUCAUUAUUAGUGGUGGAUAUGUUUGUCAUGGGUACUAUUGCUGGACCUACCCAGCCACCUGGAUGGGGGAGGAGGAAGGGGUGAGAGGGGAUUGGGGGUGGGUUUGGGAUGGAUGUGCCAAAUGGGAAGGGGGAUGGGUGAGUGGGGGGAGUGCGGACUGGAGAGGUGCUCAGGAACCUCAAAGGCUUUUUGUUUUCUGCAGUGUGUCUAUGAUGUAUCCACCUCCCCCUCUCUAUUUUUCCGUCUCGCCUCGCUCCCCUUCUCCUCAUCCUUCGCUCCAUGUCCGACCCGGAGACCCCUCCACAGUGCAUGCAUUAGCCUGGCAUUGGUACAAAUACAUUUUUCAUUAGGAAAUUCAAAUGAGGGACAUCUGAGAGACUCGGUGAGAGCCUGAGUCUAAAGACUUCAAAGGGAGUGUGUGUGAGAGACAGUCAAGCGUCACUUGUUUAAAAGGGUCCAUGAUGAAAAGGAUUCAGAAAUAUAUAAUCAUCCUAAAUUGAGUAGCAUUGUAUCCAGAAAGCACUUGUUGUGUACUGCAGGCUAUUGUAAUCAGUUGAUAGAGGUCCGUGUGUGCCAGAUGUGAGCUGUUGAUUGUUAAAGAUGGUCAAUGGUCUUUUCUCCAACGUCAACUCUGAUGUUUGAACUUUGUGUGUGUGUGUUUGUUGAUGAGAUGCUAGAACUAGAAGGUCCAAAUGGCUGGAAAGUGAAAUCUUGAGUUAUGGGCUGUACUGCCAAAUCCUCUUGAUUUUCCCUGUUCUGUAGCUGUCUAAUAAUACUUUCCAGUCUCUAUUGCCUGAUUGUGGAUCACGGACCAACUUAAUCUCUCUAAAAUGCCCUUAUCAGAUAUGAAAAAAACUGGAGAAAGAUUUAAAGAUAUGCUUUAACAGUAACCAGUAAAUCAGCCACAUAUUCUUUCAUGGAGUUUACAGAGAAUGCCAAACGUUCAUCUAUGACCAAGCUGGCUCUGAUGUCCAGUUUGACCCUGCAGUCCACACAUACCAGGCUGUAUUGACUUGACUCCUUUCACCUCCUAUUGACUCCAGUCCACAUUCCCAUGUGUCUAUCAUCUGAAUCUGAUCAUACCAGGCCCUAAGCAUAAGGCUUGAUCCCUCUUUAAUCCAAUCAGUGCUAUGGCUGGCAUGCAUUCCAUAUUAAAUCCUGUCAAAUGUGCCCAGUGGCAGCUGUCGGGCCAGCCAUGUUGGAGAGGUCAUUCUAGGGUGUCCUCUAUUAUAAAGUCAAGGAAUAUUCUAGAGGACUUAUGCAUGGUUUUCUUACAUUGAUGUUAAUACAUUCAGAAGGAUCGUCAGAACGAUGGGGAUGAGUGAGUGGGUGUGUCAAUAUAUCAAUUACUUAUAUUGCUUUGAGUCAUGUCAUGAAACCGCAAAUAUAAAAUCUCUCUUGCAGAGGGUGUGACGGGUCUGAAGGAGCUAGCGUUCCUGCGUGACCUAGCGGAGCAGAACUCGCUGAAGUACGGCGUGCCGAACCGCUCGGCGCUGCCUGUGGUGAAGGGGAGCAUGAUGGUCCUGAACCAGCUCAGUAACCUGGAGACCACCGUGGGACGCUUCUACAUCAACCUGCCCAACCGCAUGAUAGACCUGGCCCGCUUCAGCCUGUCAUACCAGGACCCCAUGGGAGACGGUGGGUUUAUAUACUGAUCUAGGGCCAGUCUUACUUUUAGGGUCAUUAUGGUUAAGGUUAGAGCUAGGGUACAGUGAUCUGAUCCUAAAUCAGUGUUAACAAAUAGAUGCUAGACUUGUCCUGCUUUUGCCUGCCCUACCAGGACUCCAUUGGAGACGGUGGGUUCCUGACAACUGGUCCUGGGUCAGUUUCUGUUAUGGCCGUUAUCAUUUUUUAGGUUAUAGUCGGGACCUAACAACUGGUCUGGGACCAGAUGUGCUCUUAGGUGCGCAUAAUGAAGCUAUGGUACAGUGAGCUGCUGAUCAGUGGUAAAGAAGGAUUAUAAACAGAAUCAGAGUGAUUUGGGCUCUUGAUGAUCAAUUAGUGUGAUGUAAAACUAUCUGUGUCUUCUCCCUUCAGGUUUCAUCAUGACGGUGAGCCGGCCGUGUUACUUUGGCAACCUGUUGCUAGGCGUGGUGGGGGUAGAUGUGAACCUAGCCUACAUUCUAGAGGACGUCACCUACUACCAGGACUCCCUGGCCUCCUACACCUUCCUCAUAGACAACAAAGGUACAUUGUAUAUCUCUUUCUAUUCUACUGUCAUUUACUUUAUGUUCGUAUUCUUAUCUUUUUUAUUUAUUGUUGUUGUUUCAUUGUUGAAGGAACCUGCAAGUAAGCAUUUAGUUGGACGAUGUCUACCAUGUCUAUCCCUUACAUAUGACUAAUAAAACUUGAAACUCUUUCCUCUCCCUCUCAAACACACACACACGCACACAACUUCUGCAUAGGCUCAGAAAAACCUGUUAUGUAGUAUACACCAGAAGUAAAAUAAAGGACGUAGGAGCUAAUUACAAGGGGUACCGUUGCAGGUCAUGGCGGCCCGGCUAUUGAGUAUUGAGGUAAUAUGGCAUGUGGUAAGUUAAAGUGCUAGAUAACUAUUAACAGAGUAGCAGCACUAAAAAGGAUGGUGGGGGGGGCAUGCAAUAGUCUAGCCAUAUUAGCUGUUCCGAGCUAUGGGGUAGAACUGUUGAGAAGUCUUUUGGCUAACUUGGCACUCCGGACGCUCCCGGUAGCACUCUAUGACUAGGUGGCUGAUCCUUUGACAUUUUGUGGCUCUCAGUAGGUUGUUUGAAAGUGGCACUGCCAGUCUGAGUGAGGCAGGUAAACAGGCCGAAGAGGGAAAGUAAUUAAGUUUAUACCCCAUUAGGGGAACUACCUGGCUGUGACACACGGCCAGACUGACAGACAGACUGACAGGCCAUGAGGUGACAUCACCACAGCGGAGCAGGGCAGGUCUGUCCAGGAUAACAGUGGUUCUGUUCACACAGAGAGAGAUACUGAGUCGGGAGCAAGAGCUGGAGUUUUGGCUCGCUACUGAUCUGCCACUCAUUUUAGGCUUGCCUUUAGAGGUUUAGCAUCACCACAGGCUGCAUUUAAGAAGUACAUGUUUGUGGAUGCAUUUAAAAUAAAGGAGGAUGUUUGCUUGGCUGGUUUGGGAAAGGUUAGGUUUUUGAAAAACAAUCUCAAUGGUUGGCAGUAUUGUUAUUGUAAUGAGUAUGUUGUCAGAUGACAGCUUAUUGCUGCAUGGUACUUAUUACACUGUCACUUGAUGAACAAACCAUGAUUAAUGACUAUAUUAAAGUUGUUAGGUGUGUUCUGACUAAUAGGCCACUCAAUUAGACAGAAGGUAAACAGUUCAGUGGAGAAUAGAAUGCUGCUGUAGUGUUAAUUGACUGUUAUAGUGUGAGGUCAGAGAUGAGUGAUUCUCCUCUCUCUCACACCCCCUCUCUUUCUCUCACUCCCCCCCUCUCUCUCUAUGAGCACCUGCUCCCUCCCUCCGGCUGGCUGCUAGAGAUAAACAGACAGCCAUAGAACUGGUACUAGACAUGUUUGUUUACCCUCCUUAAAAUACAAUCCCUCCCCCUCCUUCCCUCCUCCCUCGUAAGGGCUUUCACUCUUCCAUAGCUUACUAUUACUGCUGCUCUGAGCUCACUGGUGCCUGCCUGGAGAAUCCUUAGGGACCACAGCAGUAGGGGAGGUCUGGCCUUGCCCUGCACAGGGAGCAGUAGCCCGUCCCGGGGGUAAGGUGGGUUCAAGGCCCCUUGGGGCCGGGGGCUCCAUUGACGGCUGCUCCUGUGAAGAGACCCUGACGCCGCUGUUCUGGUGUUGUUUUUGGUUCCCCAGGUUACACCUUGAUGCACCCGUCCCUCACACGGCCCUACCUGAUGACAGAGCCUCCGCUGCACACUGACAUCAUCCACUAUGAAAACAUCCCAGGGUUCCCAGUGGUACGGGACAACAUACUCCGGUGAGUUAGGGUCAAGGGUUAAGGGGCUAUGACCGAGAGGAGGGGUUUCACCAGUUUUGUAUAGAUGCUGGAAACUCAAGGUGGGCUAGUAAUGUAGUAAGAUGCCUUUUCAUCCACUCUCUUUGUUGUUGCAAUCUUUAUUUACAUAUUGUAAUCUGAGGCAUUUUGUUGAAUGGACUGCAGUUCACGCUAUUGUUAUUGUAUGAAGAAUAUUCAUUUUUGUUACUAACGCUAACCCUCCUGCUCCCUGUCGCGCCAGUCUGCCUCUGGGUAGUCAGGUGAUAGCUGUGCCCACCAACUCCUCUCUGUCCUGGCACACCAACCGGCUACGGGACCCCAGCAGGGAGGCCUACAACGUCAGCUACGCAUGGAAACUGGUACGAUGCACUGCUGUCGCUCACUGUCUGUUUAACUCUGUCUCUGACUCUUUAUUUCUCUCUCUAGAUCUCUCUUUUCUCUUUCCCCCCCCCCCCUCUGUCCCCCUCUCUUUUUCUUUCGCCCCCUCUCUCCAUAAUACUGCAAGCAUCUGUAUCUCCCUUUUCCGCUGGCUCUCUCAAUCUAGCUCCAAUUAGCAGAAUUUUCAUCUUAGAAAUGUCUCAAUUGUCUCCAGGCUUAAAAAUCUGUCUUUAACCUGUCUCCUCCCCUUCAUCUACACUGAUUUGAAGUGGAUUUAACAAGUGACAUCAAUAGGUAUCAUAGCUUUCACCUGGAUUCAUAAUGUUUUUUACACUGUGUAUAUUCGCUGUUGCUAUCGAAGUCAUUCCUAAGGGUAGGAUCAUCAUUGCUACUAUUUAGGCCUGUAUAGCAUUUGCAGAGUCAUAAUUGUUUAAAUUCAACCCAGGGUUGAACUAAAAUAGACAAUACACAUAGGCCUAGGGUUUCAAGCAUUGUAAUCUUCAAGUUAAUCAUUAUGUUGGAUUCACGUCUCCAUCUCAACCAAAAAUCUAAGUUAAAGAAUAGGCCUAAAUUAAAUCAAGCUUUAUUUAGAGUGCAUUUAAAUGAUUUACAUUUACAUUUACAUUUUAGUCAUUUAGCAGAUGCUCAUCCAGAGCGACUUUACAGUUAGUGAGUGCAUACUUUCUCAUACUGGCCCUCCGUGGGAAACGAACCCACAACCCUGGCGAUUUAGUGAUUAGAUGUAGUCCUAUUCUUUAACUUUCAUUUUUGGUUGCUAUUGAGACGUGAAUCCAACAUAUCAGUUAUUAAUUUGUAGACAAACUGGAAUUAAAGCCAGACUAAGUCAGUGGCACAAAAUAUACAUCUCCUUCAAAUUAAUAAUUGAUAUGUUGGAUUUACAUCUCCAACUAAACCAAAAAUAAAAGUUAAAGAAUAGGAUGAAGCCAGUGGCUCAGAUGAAACUAUCCAAGCAUUAGAUAUCCUUUAAAUGUUUAUGUGGUGGUUGUCAACCAAACACAAUUCAAUAUUUAUUUUGUAAUAUAGUAAAUAUCUAAAAGUUAAGGUUAUAUUACAAACUAAUGUAACAGUAUUUAUUCAACCUUAAAAUGAGUAACACAUCCAUGGUCACAUUUUGAGGUUAGUCUACUGUAACUAUAAAUGACUUAUGUAAUCAUAGAAAGCGUGCAUGUUCAAGAUGGCAUGCAAAGGUCGCAGGUAGGGCCGGAACAAUACCAGUAUCACGAUACUCGUUAGUAUCGUGGCAAGGAAAGAAAACACGAAGCAGAUUUAACCUCUUUAGGAAAACAGCCCUAAUGUUGGAAGCAAACAUCAUGUUGUCAUCCAGAGUCACAUGUAUUUAUUUAUUUUCCAAGGUAAAGCACACAAUGUUUUACAUACAGCAGGUUUUUAAAGGACCAAAGAGUUUCGUCUGCUUCGUGUUUUCAUUUUUCCAUUGGAAAAAUAUCGCAAUACUGGUGUCAUCACAGCCGUAGUCGCAGUUCUGUGGAGAUCUUCAUGAAUAAUAUAAUCUGUACAGAAUCUCAAACAGUAUUGAUCACUUGCACUAUGUACUUUUAAUAUCAUCUCAACUGCAAUCCAUGUCAUUUGGUUGUGCUAUUAGAUGAAGCACAGUGAUAACACAUGAACUUGUUUUAUAAAUACAAAAUAUCUGACAUUAGAUUCCCAUUUGAACUUAGUUGUGCUUUUAAAUGGUUGAAAGUGCAGUGUGAUAACACAUUAGGAAUUCACACACUUAUUUUUGAGUGAAUAAAGGUCGAAAUCUCAUUGAUCAACUUAAACAAAUAUUACCAAAAUGUCCACGUUGAAAUGUGGUGUGCCCAGUGGGAUACAAGGACGGACACCACACCCUAAUAGAGUAUGUCUUUCUCUUUAUGUACACCACCAUUCAAAAGUUUGUGGGUCACUUAGAAAUGUUAUUGUUUUCUAAAGAAAAGCAAAUUUUUUGUCCAUUUUAAAAUAACAUCAAAUUGAUCAGAAAUACAGUGUAGACAUUGUUAAUGUUGUAAAUGGCUAUUGUAGCUGGAAACGGCUGAUUUUUUAUGGAAUAUCUACAUAGGCGUACAGAGGCCCAUUAUCAGCAACCAUCAGUCCUGUGUUCCAAUGGCACGUUGUGUUUGCUAAUCCAAGUUUAUCAUUUUAAAAGGCUAAUUGAUCAUUAGAAAACCCUUUUGCAAUUAUGUUAGCACAGCUGAAAACUGUUGUGCUGAUUAAAGAAGCAAUAAAUCUGGCCUUCUUGAGACAAGUUGAGUAUUUGGAGUAUCAGCAAUUGUGGGUUCGAUGACAGGCUCAAAAUGGCCAGAAACAAAGAACUUUCUUCUGAAACGCGUCAGUCUAUUCUUGUUCUGAGAAAUGAAGGCUAUUCCAUGCGAGAAACUGAAGAUCUCGUACAACGCUGUGUACUACUCCCUUCACAGAACAGCGCAAACUGGCUCUAACCAGAAUAGAAAGAGGAGUGGGAGGCCCCGGUGCACAACUGAGCAAGAGGACAAAUACAUUAGUGUCUAGUUUGAGAAACAGGCACCUCACAGGUCCUCAACUGGCAGCUUCAUUAAAUAGUACCCGCAAAACACUAGUCUCAACGUCAACAGUGAAGAGGCGACUCCGGGAUGCUGACCUUCUAGGCAGUGUAUAUCAAAAUGAACCUUUACCAGUGGAAUGUAGAUGUGAUACAACAAUAUCCAUCACAUCCACAACCGUUAUGGAUGUUAAGGACACCAUAAUGCUGAAAAAAGGAUACUGACAAUGAAAAGAGAAACAAAUUAUAGACCAUAAAACCUUUGGAGGGCAGAGAGAGAAUUUCAAGAGCUGAAAAACAUUUCCUGAAAAAUGUUAUGGAUGUUACAUUGCCUGUCCCAGUCACCCCUCUAUCUUUACAAGACUGUAAAACACACAAACAAAACUCAACACUUCAAUUUGGUUUGUAUUGUGUCAUUAACAUCUCAACUUCAUAACUAACAGUGUGAGCUCUUUCUAAAAGCCAUGAAUAUAUUGGUCAAAAUUCAUACAAUUUCCUACAACAUAUAGAUCUUAAGGGUUAUUAUGAAUGUGGUUUCAUUUGGAAAUUACUAACUAUUUGGUCAUGCUCAGGUUGACCUUCCUGUCUCUAUAUUUUUGUCAAGGUCAGUGUUAAAAUGGUAACUUGGCUUAGGAAAGUUGCACCAGGGUUAAAGGGUUCUGGUGUGUCGCAGCCUCCCAGACAGAUCCACUCCACGUGUUACAUUGAAAAUCUGGAUGAGGCCAGGCAUGUCGCAGCAGUCACUCUGCUCUGUCUGUCGUUGGUGCCGUUGUUAAGCACAGCACAUUCAUCUGUUUAUCUCAUUGGCAGCAUCAGCAGUGCUGGGAAAGGACCGCCUGUGUGUGUGUGUGUGUGUGUGUGUGUGUGUGUGUGUACGCUCGCGCGGCCGGGUCAUAAAACACUCGCGGUGACGUCUGUCGGUAAACACACUUGAGGAGAAGCUGGACUGGAGCAAAGAGUAGGAGAGUGUGUAAUGUCACUGUCUGAGUUCUGGAGUUUUUAAACCUCAAGUCUUUUACAAGUUCGGAUCAGUCAUAUCUUAUCAAUGGAUUGUACAAAUCUCUGAGGAAAAUACAUGUAUCUAGCUUUGUCUCUGCUCUGUAUGUCUCUAUUCUAAGUAGAAGCUUCUACACAAAACGGCCAUUCUGUUCUCCCUCCAUCUCUCUCCGUCCCACCCAUGUCUAUGUUAUACUGCAAAGGGAUGUCCAUUAACAUAUUAACCCCUUCCUCUCCUCUCCCCAGGUCCAGGACACAUCAUUCAUCCUUUGCAUAGUGUACGUCCAGCCAGAGAUCCCAGUGAAACACCUGAAGAACAUGAACACUGCUCCCAGCUCCAAGCUGCUCUACCACCGCCUGGAUCUGCUGGGACAACCCUCCUCCUGUCUGCACUUCAAACAGCUGGCCACCGUCGGUAAGAACCCAGGCUAAGGCCAUACAGUCAAUGACUGGGGCAGAGGAACCAGGCUAGAGGCAGAGGUUUAAUUUGGAAGAUGGUUACGGGCUGUUUAUCCCUCCUUGUCUCACAGUUGGCUAUGUUUGAAGAACUGUAAGUCAUUCAUUUUGUCUCUCUCUCCCUCCCUCAGAGAGCCCUACGGUGAUGCUGUCUGCAGGGAGUUUCUCCUCUCCCUACGAGCACCUCAGUCAGCCAGAGACCAAACGCAUGGUGGAACACUACACUGCCUACCUCAGUGAUAACACACGCCUCAUAGCCAACCCCUGGCCUUAAGGUACACACACACCAAGUUAUGGAAACGUAUCGGUAAAUGGAGGAAACAAGUUCCUGUCAAAAUGUUAGUCGUGAAACGGCAACGGCCGUCGUAGAGAGAAGCAGCAUCAGUAUCAGACACCAUCAAGCAGACAUCUUCCGGAAAAAGACUUGUGAGCCAAACCACACUAGCUAACACCACCAAAAGAAAGAAAAUGAACUGGCCCUCAAGUCUCUUUCUUACACUCCCUUCUGUGUCUUUGAGGAGAAACUAGAGAAAAGCUCCAUGUUUUUGGCAGCCUGUGUUCAUAGCAUUCUUAGCUCCUCUCUGUACGGGGUGAGAGAGUGGGGGAGAGACUGAGAGACUCUCGGUAAAGGGUGAGGGGGGAAAGAGAAUCUGAGCUCCUGAGCUGGGCUCUACAGCUUAAAGAGAGAGCUGGGCUCCUCUCCUCUUCCCAGGCCCAUCUAAACGAAGCCCUGCUAUGUCACUCUUUGUUCCCCCUACAGUCGUCGGUCAGGAACGAGGUGAUGGCGACCAGUCACGUCACAGAUGAAUGGAUGACACUCAUGGAGAUGAGUAGCCUCAACUGCUACAUUGUGCGCCGUUACAUAGCAACGCCCAAUGGGGUGCUGCGGAUUUACCCCGGCUCGCUAAUGGACAAAGCCUUCGACCCAACCCUGAGACAAUGGUGAGGUUUAUUUAGGGGGGAGGGGUGGGGGUGCUUUGAAAUAGUUCCAGGCUCCUAGAGAGUGAUAGAAAGUUAUGUCCUACUGCACAGUGUUUUGGCCCGGCUUUAAUACAUAGCUUUCUCUGUUUUUGGUUAGAAUGAUUCAUUUCUCUGGAAAAGUUUGGAUCUACUAAAUCCUCCAUGACACUUUUCAUUUUGCAUGGCAGUUGUAGAGUAGGCCGAUUUUAUAUAUUUUCACCCUAGAAUGUUUGGGUAUAAAUGUUUCAGUCAGUCAUCUUUUUUCUCUUUUAUUUUCCCAGUCUUUAGUUAGUACUGUAUCCACAUGGAAUUAGCAUGUUGUUUGUUUGUUUUACAGUGACCCUGCUCUCUAACCUCGAACUGACCUUUGAUCCAUACAGGUACCAGCAUGCUGUGGCCAACCCAGGCCUCAUCACCUUCACUGGGCCUUACCUGGAUGUGGGCGGGGCUGGCUACGUGGUCACCAUCAGCCACACCAUCCACGCCUCAAGGUACUUCAUUUUAGGCCCUUCAAUGAAUUACAUGAUAAGAUGAAAAUAGCGUGUCAUUAUUUCAAGCAGGUACAAGUGACCUGCACAUAAAGACAUAGUGUGAAAUGGCUUCCAGAGACUGAUGUUUUUAUGUUCAGUCAUGCAUCUGCAUGUGUAAUGCAGUUACUGUGUAAUCUCAGUGGAGGCUGUAGACUGGAGACCAUCCCAGGCUGUAACACUAACACAAGGCAGCAGAUUAAUAUGUAUAUAUUCUGUUUAUCUUUAAGGCACACACACACACACAGCUCUGAUAAUGCAGGUGUGUAAGCGUGAGUGUGAGCGUGAGUACGUGUUUGGGGUACAGGAGUUUGGUGGCACCUUAAUUGGGGAGGACGGGCUCAUGGUAAUGGCUGUGGUGGAAUGGUAUCAAACACAUUCAUGCCGUUCCAGCCAUUAUUAUGAGCCGUCCUCCCCUCAGCAGCCUCCACUGGUUUGGGGAUAGGUUUGCAUCCACAAGCAGGGAAGGUAGGUAGAGAAUAUGAAAUGUGUACCGUUAAAUACUUUUUCUCUCCUCUCCGGUCUCUCUUUGUAGUUCUCAGAUGGCCUCAGGGUAUGCAGUAGCUGUGAUGGGCAUAGACUUCACUCUGCGCUAUUUCUACAAGGUUCUGCUGGACCUGCUACCCAUCUGCAACCAGGACAAGGGCAACAAGAUCCGGUACAUCUUUCUUUGAGGGUCCUUCUCUCUUGUCAUAAGGGUUUGUGGCUAUGGCUAUGCCUGAUAGGGUUACUGAGGGAUGACCCACUGAUGUUUUUUAAGACUCUGAAUCAAGCUAAUCUGAUUUGAAUGGCACGUAUACAUAGUUCGCCAGCAUCCCAGCAUGCCCUCUGCUCAGUGGGAGAAACCAUAUAAAGAGACUGGCGGAAGUUGUGGUCCAGAAAUAAACUCUAUGCUGGUUACAAAGAGGCGGAGCGGGAGAGAGGGAAAGGGAGACAAAAAGAGAUAAGCUGAUUAUAAUUGCAUUCCAGAGACAUCCUGUUAUGUUAGAUGCUGCUGCUGCUACAUUCUCUCUCUCAUUCUCUUUUGUCUCUUUCCCUCUCCCUUCUUUCCUCUCCCUCCCUCCCUCUCUCUCUCCUUCCCCCUCCCGCCUCUCUCUCUCUCUCUCCCCCCUCUCCCUCCCCCCUCUCCCUCCCGCUCUCUCUCGCCCCCCAUCCUCCCUCCCCCUCUCUCUCGCCCCCCAUCCUCCCUCCCCCUCUCUCUCGCCCCCCAUCCUCCCUCCCUCUCUCUCUCCCCCCAUCCUCCCUCCCUCUCUCUCUACCUGUCUCUCUCUCUCCCUCUCUCUCUGAGAGUCUUGGUGUUCAGUUUAACAGGAUUAACCCAGGGUAAGAGGACUGGGGUCUAGCAGGGGUCGGUAGGGGUUGAAUGGGUUUGGAUCAGGCAAUAUGGGCUAAUUUUGCGCUCAGAGGAACUGGGGUGGGUUUGGUUGGGGUUGAUUGGGUUUGCAUCUGGCAGGAUGGGGUAAUAAUGGGCCUCUCUCUCCUGACUUAACACUGCUCUCUCUCCUCUCGACAGCCACUCUGAGCUUUGGGUUCUAUUGUGUUCAAAUCAGAUGGAUUUCAGGGGGCAUGUGUUCAAGUUUUUGGUUUAUGUGUAUUAAAUCAAAUUGAUUGUACUGUUCAGUAAAAGGAAUAAUACUUUAACUGGAUUUUCGCUCUCGCUCUCUGUGUGUUUAGGUGUUUCAUCAUGGAGGACAGGGGUUACCUGGUGGCCCACCCAACCCUCAUCGACCCUAAAGGCCACGCCCCCGCCGAACAGCAGCACAUCACACACAAAGAACCACUGGUGGCCAACGACAUCUUGAACCACCCCAACUUUGUAAAGAAGAACCUCUGCAACAGCUUCAGUGACCGCACGGUCCAACGCUUCUACAAGUUCAACACAAGUAUCAUUGUGAGUAGAAGGGUUAGAUGGGUUAUGACACAAACAAGAGUGAAAGUCAAUUCGACAGGUAGACAGAUACAGUGUUGUCCUCCUAAAACCACUUGUCCGGACCAUUUAUUCUAAUAUGUGUAGUAUUUAUCAGUAUCAUAGCCCCACCAAGUGGUGGGAAAUAAUAUAGCAACCUCACUGUUGCUUACUCUAAAGAAAGAACAGCAAAAUACUGUAGACCCCAGUGCUUUCUUCAUAGAGCCAUUGAUAAACCAUAGUAUAGUAGCAUAAUUUCUCUCUCGCUUCAUCCACCGUCUUUCCUCAGGGUGACCUGACUAACCUUGUCCACGGGAGCCACUGCUCCAAGUACCGUCUGACCCGUAUUCCAGGGACCAAUGCUUUCGCUGGCAUCGUCAACGAGACGUGUGAUUCGCUGGCUUUCUGUGCCUGCAGCACUGUGGACCGCCUCUGUCUCAACUGUCACAGGUCAGACACAGUCACAGAACACAGAGUAACAUAGGAGAUGAGAUGCAGUGUUUUCUUAUUACUAUGAAUUAGUGAUUUAUCUGUGUAAAUAGUUGUAUUAACAGGGUUGAAUAGUACGCAUUAAAUUAUUUAAAUUCUCUAUCAAUUUUUUAAUCAUCUUUGUAGAUAAUGUAAUUAUAUUUGAAAACGUUUUUAAUAGUUUGUCUGACUGUUGUACAGGAUGGAGCAGAAUGAGUGCGAGUGUCCAUGUGAGUGCCCCCUGGAGGUCAAUGAAUGUACUGGCAACCUUACCUACGCUGAAAACAGGUGAGUGCUAGGAUCCAUAAUUAUGGUUCUGUAUUGAAUAGCCUACCACCAACAACAACAAUUAAAGAGUAAAGAGAUGUGUGUGUGCUGUAUAUGUGCCAACUCUUUAGUACCUGCAGACUCUGUAGUAGCCACAUGCUCUGUUAGUCACGUUUAGUCAGAAUCGUUCCAUCAGGCUGUCUGUUUGUCAUAAUAAUCAAAUAGCUGUGAUGAUUGCUCAGGUACCCCGAUGGUGGAACAAGCUUCCCCCUAAUGUCAGGACGAAAAAAAUGUCUCUCUCCCCAAAAAACAAUUGUCUUUUGGUCAGUGCUAUCCGGGAUCCUUGGGACGUCCCUACCCUAACCCCUACCCUAACUAUAACCAUAACCCUUACCUAACCCUGACCAUUACCUUGACCAUUUUAAAUUUCAACUUCAGUGGGGUAGGGAUAUCCCAAGGAUCCCGGAUAGCAUGGACCCUUGUCUUUUCCUACAAGCACUGACUGCUGAUAACUACUUUUACUGAGGAAAAAUGUGCUUGCAAUGACUGUGAUAUGUGGUUAUCUCGUCUAGCUAUCUUAAGAUGAAUGCACUAACUGUAAGUCGCUCUGCAUAUACAGUACAUUUGGAAAGUAUUCAGACCCCUGAACUUUCCACAUUUUGUUACGUUACAGCCUUAUUCUAAAAUUGUUUUUCCCCCUCAUUCAUCUACACACAAUACCCCAUAAUGACAAAGCAAAAACAGGUUUUUAGAAAUGUUUGCAAAUGUAUAAAAAAUAAAAAACUGAAAUCACAUUUAUAUAAAUAUUCAGACCCGUUACUCAGUACUUUGUUGAAGCACCUUUGGCACCGAUUACAGCCUAGAGUCUUCUUGGGUAUGACGCUACAAGCUUGGCACACCUGUAUUUGAGGUGUUUCUCCCAUUCCUCUCUGCAGAUCCUCAAGCUCUGUCAGGUUGGAUGGGGAGCAUUGCUGCAAAACUAUUUUCAGGUCUCUCCAGAGAUGUUCAAUCGGGUUCAAGUCCGGGUUCUGACAUUGAGACUUGUCUCGAAGCCACUCCUGCGUUGUCCUGUUGGAAGGUGAACCUUCGCCACAGUCUGAGGUCCUGAGCGCUCUGGAGCAGGUUCUCAUCAAGGAUCUCUCUGUACUUUGCUCCGUUGAUCUUUGCCUCGAUCCUGACUAGUCUCCCAGUCUCUGCCGCUGAAAGACAUCCCCACAGCAUGAUGCUGCCACCACCAUGCUUCACCGAAGGGAUGGUGCCAGGUUUCCUCCAGAUUUGACGCUUGGCAUUCAGGUCAAGGAGUUCAAUCUUGGUUUCAUCAGACCAGAGAAUCUUGUUUAUCAUGGUCUGAGAGUCUUUAAGUGCCUUUUGGCAAACUCCAAGCAGGCUGUCAUGUGCCUUUUACUGAGGAGUGGCUUCCGUCUGGCCACUCUACCAUAAAGGCCUGAUUGGUGGAGUGCUGUAGAGAUGGUUGUCCUUCUGAUAGAUUCUCCCAUCUCCACAGAGGAACUCUGGAGCUCCUUCAGAGUUACCAUCGGGUUCUUGGGCACCUCCCUGACCGAGGCCCUUCUCCCCCGAUUGCUCAGUUUGGCCGGGCGGCCAACUCUAGGAAGAGUCUUGGUGGUUCCAAACUUCUUCCAUUUAAGAGGAGGCCACUGUGUUCUUGGGGACCUUCAAUGCUGCAGAAUGUUUUUUGCCACCCUUCCCCAGAUCUGUGCCUCAACACAAUCCUGUCUCGGAGCUCUACGGACAAUUCCUUCGACCUCAUGGCUUGGUUUUUGCUCUGACAUGCGCUGUCAACUGUGGAACCUUAUAUAGACAGGUGUGUGCCAAUUGUGCGCCUUCUCAUGGUUCUCCCGGUCACGGCCGGCUGUGACACAGCCUGGGAUCGAACCCAGGGCUGUAGUGACGCCUCAAGCACUGCGAUGUAGAAACAAUUCAAGGAUGAUCAAUGGAAACAGGAUGCACCUGAGCUCAAUUUCGAGUCUCAUUGCAAAGGGUCUGAAUACUUGUGUAAAUAACGUAUUUCUGUUCUUUUUUUAUAAAUGAGCAAACAUUUAUAAAAACCUGUAUUCGCUUUGUCAUUAUGGGGUAUUGUGUGUAGAUUGCUGAGAAUAAAAAAAAAAUCAAUUUUAGAAUAAGGCUGUAACGUAACAGAAUGUGAGGAAAGUCAAGGGGUCUGAAUACUUUCCGAAGGCACAGUUAAGCGUCUGUUAAAUGACAAUGUAAUACACAGUGAGACACCUGUCUUCAGCCAACCAUUUCACUGUGACUGCAGCAUUCCACUGACGUACUCUAUGUCUGGCUGGCUAGGGCUUUUUGUGAAAAGAAAUGGAGGGAUGUGUGGGUGGAUAGAGGGUGGCAUAGAAUAAAUCCUCCACAAAGCUGUCAUUCUGCAGUCAGUCGGUCAUUCAUGUAGUGUUGUGUUCCCUCUUUUGACAACAUGACUCUGUAAUGCUAGUUUCUCCCUCAUUUGAGCUGUUGAAUGCUGUAGCCUAAAAGGAAAUUCAACAGUCAUUAUCUCUGUCUUUUAUGUUCACGGAUUGAACUGUUUUGACCAUACCGUUUCUCUACUUCAUUGGCUUGACUGCCGUGCCAGGUGUUUUUCAUUAUUUGGCUUGUGUACUCAUGUGUAUUGCUGCUGUUUGACCGUGCCGGUCGUAUAUUUCUGGGGUCCGACCGUGUGGUCAUGGUCAUCACUGUGGUCUGACCGUGUGGUGUUGUUCUUUAGGAACCCCAGCUGUGAGGUGCACCAGGAGCCCCUGUCUCUGACGGUGAUGGACUCCAGUCUGCAGGACACCCUGCCCCAGUGUAUCAACACCCGCUGCAGCCAGCGCUUCACUAGCAGGUAGAGUACAUUUAAGGGGUAACACUUUAUUUGGAUAGUCUAUCUGUAGAUGCUCCAGAGACUAUCAGUAACAUUUCAACUAACUAUCUACAACUAACUAUCUACUAGCCCUAACUCUAACUCUUACCCUAACCCUUAUUCUAAACCUUACCCUAACGGAAACCUUAGAAAUCAGUUGCUUAUCAACAGAUAGUUUGUUGAUAGUGUGACCAUUUGUAGAUGAUCUACAACCCAUUACAGCCCACAGCACCAACCUGGAGGAACGACAGGGGGAAGAAAUACUGUACUGGAGAAUGAACUCUUUAAUUUAGACCUCACUUUUGUCAUCUCUCUGUACAUAGAUGGAUUAAAGCAUGUAGUGAUACUGAUUUUAUAAGGAGAACGUUUCAGAUCAAAAUUCAUUUCCAAAAUACAAUUGCUGAGAUUUACUGUGAAGAGUAUCCCUUACGUAUGUCAUAGUCUUGACCAAGACUUUAUUAACUCUUACCUUUUCUCUGUGAUCCUCAGUGACUGUUUUGGCGUGCUGGACUGUGAGUGGUGCAUGGUGGACAGUGAUGGGAAGACCCACCUGGACAAGCCUUACUGUGCCCUGCAGAAGGAAUGCUUCGGGGGCAUCGUGGGGGCCAAGAGCCCUUACAUGGACAGCAUGGGAAUGCUGGGUGAGUCUACACAUUCCUUACUGUCGCGAGGUCAUGCAAACAGAAUGGGCUAGUGGGUUAGACUUUGAGACUUUGUGGAAUGAUGUUUGAUUUCCCACAGCUAUGUGGUAGUCCUCCAAGAAGAAUAUUUUGUCAACUUUAAGGCACGGACAGACCGGUAGAAUUGUUGAGCGUCUUACAGCCUAUAAUACUUGGCACCUCUGAACAGAGUGCCGGACGUAAUUUGAAAACAGAUUCUAGAUGUAGAAAUGGGCGAACGCGGCAGCCGUCAGUCGCCCACCGGCGGGUGGUCCCGAUAACACACCACGCUGACAGCAAGCGAACGGCGAACGAACGGCCCCGUGCUGUGCAGACCGACAAUCGGUCUGGUGAGUUUUCUCCUUUUAUAGAUGGAAUGUAACCCUUUUCCUCCCUCUCUCCUCCCCUCCAGAUGAAGAGGUAGUGUCUCUGAACAUGAUGAAGAGUGCCCCGGUAGGGCCGGUUGCCGGGGGUAUUAUGGGCUGUAUCAUGGUGCUGGUGUUGGCUGUCUAUGCCUACAGACACCAGAUACACCGGCGCUCACACCAGCACAUGUCCCCUCUGGCUGCACAAGGUAAGACACCACGACAUACUUAAGAUGAAUGUUACCUAGAACAACUGACUAUGUAAAAGCAGCUAGUUAGUGCAUGCAAGUUGGACAAGAUCGGUGACACAAGUAGCCUUUGAUUUAGGUUUGAUUAAAAUCUCAUGAAUAGGGAAUGUUAUUGACAUUCAAGACCAUUUUGUUAUUGCCUAAGUCUGCAAUGAAAGUACUCAAACUCAAAGACCGUUAUUGCUCCAAUGUUGCCUUAGGUAUUAGUAUUGAUCGAGAAAGCGGCUACUGCUGCUGUGGGAAUGAUCGAAUUAACGGUUGACCUUUCUAGACGCCGCAACACAGAGCCUCUUCUUAAUGGUCGUAUAAACACUCAUUAUUAACACUGACUAAAGAGACUCUCUUUAUCGCUCUCCCUCCUUUCUACAGAGAUGUCCGUGAGGAUGUCUAACCUGGAUAAUGAGAGGGAUGAGGACAGCCAUGAAGACAGGGGGAUCAGUAAGUACUGAGUGGACAAAACAUUAGGAAUUUUCUACAACACCCGGAAAUCUGCCCCCUUUAUUCUAUGUACCCAACGCACUAGAAGACCAGUUCUUAAAGCCUUUAGCCGUAUCCUUAUUCUAGUCCUCCUCUGUUCCUCUGGUGAUGUAGAGGCUAACCCAGGCCCUGCAGCCCUCAGUAUCACUCCAACUCCCCAGGCGCUAUCAUUUGCUGACUUCUGUAAUCGCAAAAGUCUUGGUUUCUUGCACGUAAAUAUCAGAAGUCUACUUCCUAAGUUUGAGUUAUUCACUGCGUUAGCACACUCCGCCAACCCUGAUGUUCUAGCAGUGUCUGAAUCCUGGCUCAGGAAGGCCACCAAAAAUUCUGAAAUUUCCAUCCCCAACUAUAACAUUUUCCGUCUAGAUAGAACUGCCAAAGGGGGUGGAGUUGCAAUCUACUGUAGAGAUAGCCUGCAGAGCUCUAUCAUACUAUCCAGGUCUGUGCCCAAACAGUUUGAGCUUCUACUUCUAAAAAUCCACCUUUCCAGAAAUAAGUCUCUCACUGUUGCCGCUUGCUACAGACCCCCCUCAGCCCCCAGCUGUGCCCUGGACACCAUAUGUGAAUUGAUUGCCCCCCAUUUAUCCUCAGAGUUCGUACUGCUUGGUGACCUAAAUUGGGAUAUGCUUAAUACCCCAUCCUACAAUCCAAGCUAGAUGCCCUCAAUCUCACGCAAAUUAUCAACGAACCUACCAGGUACAACCCUAAAUCCGUAAACAUGGGUACCCUCAUAGAUAUCAUCCUGACUAACAUACCCUCUAAAUACACCUCAGCUGUCUUCAACCAGGAUCUCAGCGAUCACUGCCUUAUUGCCUGCGUCCGUAACGGGUCCGCGGUCAAACGACCACCCCUCAUCACUGUCAAACGCUCCCUAAAACACUUUAGCGAGCAGGCCUUCCUAAUUGACCUGGCCCAGGUAUCCUGGAUGGAUAUAGAUCUCAUUCCGUCAGUAGAGGAUGCCUGGUUGUUCCUUAAAAGUAAUUUCCUCUCAAUCUUAAAUAAACAUGCCCCAUUCAAAAAAUACAGAACUAAGAACCGAUAUAGCCCCUGGUUCUCCUCAGACUUGACUGCCCUUGACCAGCACAAAAACAUCAUGUGGCGUACUGCAUUAGCAUCAAAUAGCCCCCGCGAUAUGCAACUUUUCAGGGAAGUUAGGAACCAAUAUACACAAGCAGUCAGGAAAGCAAAGGCUAACUUUUUCAAACAGAAAUGUGCAUCCUGUAGCACUAACUCCAAAAAGUUUUGGGACACUGUAAAGUCCAUGGAGAAUAAGAGCACUUCCUCCCAGUUGCCCACUGCACUGAGGCUAGGAAACACUAUCACCACCGAUAAAUCUACAAUAAUCGAGAAUUUCAACAAGCAUUUUGCUACGGCUGGCCAUGCUUUCCAUCUGGCUACCACUACCCCGGCCACCAACUCUGCACCCUCCGCUGCAACUUGCCCAUGCCCCCCCCCCCCCGCUGUUCCUUCACACAAAUUCAGACAGCUGAUGUUCUGAAAGAGCUGCAAAAUCUGGACCCCUAGAAAUCAGCUGGGCUAGACAAUCUGGACCCUUUCUUUCUAAAACUAGCCGCCGAAAUUGUCGCAACCCCUAUUACUAGUCUGUUCAACCUCUCUUUCAUAACGUCUGAGAUCCCCAGAGAUUGGAAAGCUGCCGCGGUCAUCGUGACACUCUAGAUCCAAACUGCUACAGACCUAUAUCCAUCCUGCCCUGCCUUUCGAAAGUAUUUGCAAGCCAAGUUAACAAACAGAUCACCGACCAUUUCGAAUACCACCGUACCUUCUCCGCUAUGCAAUCCGGUUUCCGAGCUGGUCACGGGUGCACUUCAGCCACGCUCAAGGUCCUAAACGAUAUUAUAACCGCGAUUGAUAAUAGACAGUACUGUGCAGCCGUCUUCAUCGACCUGGCCAAGGCUUUCGACUCUGUCAACCACCGCAUUCUUAUUGGCAGACUAAAUAGCCUUGGUUUCUCAAAUGACUGCCUCGCCUGGUUCACCAACUACUUCUCAGAUAGAGUUCAGUGUGUCAAAUCGGAGGGCCUGUUGUCUGGACCUAUGGCAGUCUCUAUGGGGGUGCCACAGGGUUCAAUUCUUGGGCCGACUCUUUUCUCCAUGUAUAUCAAUGAUGUCGCUCUUGCUGCUGGUGACUCUCAGAUCCACCUCUACGCAGACGACACCAUUUUGUAUACAUCUGGCCCUUCAUUGGACACUGUGUUAACAAACCUCCAAACGAGCUUCAAUGCCAUACAACACUCCUUCAGUAGCCUCCAACUGCUCUUAAACACUAGUAAAACUAAAUGCAUGCUUUUCAAUCGAACGCUGCUGGCACCCGCCCACCCGACUAGAAUCACCACUCUCGACGGGUCUGACCUAGAGUAUGUGGACAACUACAAAUACCUAGGUGUCUGGUUAGACUGUAAACUCUCCUUCCAGACUCACAUAAAGAAUCUCCAAUCCAAAGUUAAAUCUAGAAUCGGCUUCCUAUUUCGCAACAAAGCCUCCUUCACUCAUGCUGCCAAACAUGCCCUCGUAAAACUGACUAUCCUACCGAUCCUUGACUUCGGCGAUGUCAUUUACAAAAUAGCCUCCAACACUCUACUCAGCAAAUUGGAUGUAGUCUAUCACAGUGCCAUCCGUUUUGUCUCCAAAGCCCCAUACACUACCCACCACUGUGACCUGUACGCUCUUGUUGGCUGGUCCUCACUACAUGUUCGUCGUCAAACCCACUGGCCCCAGGCCAUCUAUAAAUCACUGCUAGGCAAAUCCCCGCCUUAUCUUAGCUCAUUGGUCACCAUAGCAGCACCCACCCGUAGUCUGCGCUCCAGCAGGUAUAUCUCACUGGUCAUUCCCAAAGCCAACACCUCCUUUGGCCACCAUUCCUUCCAGUUCUCUGCUGCCAAUGACUGGAACGAAUUGCAAAAAUCUCUGAAGCUGGAGACUCUUAUCUCCCUCACUAACUUUAAGCAUCAGUUGUCAGAGCACCUUACCGAUCACUGCACCUGUACACAGCCCAUCUGAAAUUAGCCCACCCAACUACCUCAUCCCUAUAUUGUUAUUUAUUUUGCUCUUUUGCACCCCAGUAUCUCUAUUUUCACAUAAUCUCUUGCACAUCUAGCAUUCCAGUGUUAAUACUAUUGUAAUUAUUUUGCACUAUAGCCUAUUUAUUGCCUUACCUCCAUAACUUGCUACAUUUGCACACACUGUAUAUAUAUUUUCUGUUGUAUUUUUGACUUUAUGUUUUUUUACCCCAUAUGUAACUCUGUGUUGUUUUUAUCGCACUGCUUUGCUUUAUCUUGGCCAGGUCGCAGUUGUAAAUGAGAACUUGUUCUCAACUGGCUUACCUGGUUAAAUAAAGGUGAAAUAAAAUAAAUAAAAAUAAAAUCUACACUGAUUGAAGUGGAUUUAACAAGUGACAAUAAGGUAUCAUGGCUUUCACCUGGUCAGUCUGUGUCCUCAUGUUUUGUACACUCAGUGUAGGUUAUUGUCAGUGUGCGUUACCUCACCAAUGGGUUUGAAUAAUAAUAAAAGUGUUCUGUAAGGUUGUGAGCUAUUGCAAUCCUGAAAUAAACUACUGGAGCAUUCAGUAAAGGCACAAUCCUUGAUUAGUUUUCCACUUGAAAUGACCAUUGAACAGCUAUAAAUAUUGCAUAUUGACCUUGUGUUCGCUAACCUUUGAGUUGACCUGGAUGUUGUCUUGCUGUUCCUCGUCUUGCAGUCAGUAACACCCGGUUCAUUGCGGCGGUGAUCGAGAGACACACCCACAGCCCCGAACGCAGGAGGAGGUACUGGGGACGGUCAGGGACGGAGAGUGACCACGGUAAGACCACCAGACGACCAGAAGAUGACCACAGAGGAAACAGGGCACUGUACUCCCCUUAAAACCGCACAUAUUCUGGUUAAGGGGGAGAAGAGUGGUAUAACUCUGAAAAGCCACAUAACAGAUAGCACACACUGCCUUUGUGUUCCCUCUCUUGUCCUCUGGAGAUGAGUUUCGUUCUAGCUAACGCUGGUUGUGUAACCACUGAUCAGAGAGGGAAGUGAAGGAGGGAGAAGUGGAGGAGAGGCAGUUGAAAAAUGGAGAGGGUGUGUAAGAAAGAGGGCGGAAGCGCUUCAGGGCAAACGGCAAAGUGUUAAAAAGUUGUUGGUUCUUUUCCUCGGCUCAGUCGGAGGUGUCCUCCCACAGUCCACGCACUCCCACAGCUGAAGGGUCUCUGAACAGACACACACACACACACACACACACACACACACACACAGCUGAAGGGGCUCUGUAGAAACACUGAGCUUGUAUCUGUUGGUACACACGCCAGGGAAUUGGAGGAGCAUUUGGUGUUUGUUCGGAGUCAAGGAUGUUGUCUAACAGCCUGCAUGCAAACAGACAUCCUGCUAUGGGCAUUAGUAAUUCAACCUUUCUCUGUGUAUUAUGUCUCUGUAAGUUAUUACCUCAGUCCUGACCUUUCAGAUCCUCUGUUUCGGUCCCUGUCUCCACUGUUAUGCACUGUUCAUGACCUUUCAACUGUGAUUACUUUGUUCACUCACGCUCUGUGCUACUCCGAAAAACAGAUGACAAAAGGAAACAGCAGUAGCACUGUUUGAAAUGACUUCUCAUCAGGAGAUGGAAGGAGUUGAGCUGAGGGUAGGGGAUAGGAGCUAUGCAGUCAGUGCUGCUGAAGUCGGCAUUUUUCCUCUCCUCCGGAUCCCAUUGAAGUCAUCCCCAUAGUUCCCUCUUUUAGAGAACAUUUCGAAAGCCCAAAUCACAUUCAGAAGCUCUGCUAGCAAGUCUAAAUCAGUACCUUUGUUUCGCUUCGAUAGAUGCCCACUCCUAAACCCAUCAUCCACUCCUAUCUACCUUCCACUACACUCAGCAAGUUUCUCCUCCUUCUACAGUUCUAGUGUUUUAUAAGAGUUUGUUUUAUCUUCUGAGUCUAAAGUGCCUGAGGGCUGCUGAGUGUUGGGCUUUGACAGUAUCAGAGGCAGAGAUGAGAUGUACGAUGUUCUAAUGUCAAUGAUCUGCGGGGAUUCAGUGGAGGCUGGAGAGAUGGAGAGAGGCAUUGAAGAUGGAGGGAUUGAUUCAAACGUGUAGGCAAUCCCCCUCUUGAUUGCUCGCGCUUUCUCUCAACUGCAGGGGCACAAACUUUCCCUUAGCUCACCCUUUCAAACCACCCCACGUGCAACGUGCAUGACUCACUGCACAUACAGCUCUCUUUUCCAGAGAUUCCUACAAAGAUUGAGAUUUCACACAAAUUGUAAUUAAUGAGGUGCGCUGGCUUAGAAUUGUGUUUCCUAAACUGUAAUUAUAGAUCGACGUAAGUAUACUCUGGUGUGUAAAGUCUUGCAUAUUUUCUUCUGACGUUUCUACUGCUCUAUAGUAGUAUGCUGUUCAUAUAACAGUAAGAGGCAGAGAAGCAAUCACAAAGCCUCCAAUUUUGGGACAAAUCUCUGUGAUUCUGUGUGCUUUUAUCCUUGUAUGUGUCUUGUACAUAUAUAUGUGAAUUUAAUGUGUAUUAACAUGUGUAUUCCUGUGUUUGUCACAUCAGGCUACAGCACCAUGAGUCCUCAGGAGGACAGUGAGAACCCUCCCUGCAACAACGACCCCCUGUCGGCCGGCGUGGACGUGGGUAACCACGACGAUGACCUGGAUUUGGACACGCCCCCUCAGACGGCGGCGCUGCUCAGCCACAAGUUCCACCCGUACCGCCACCCCCCCUACCACCACCCGCUCCACACACACCACCUGCAGGCAGCCGUCACCGUGCACAGUGUGGACGCAGAAUGCUGAUCCUAAACCUCCCUACCCCUUCACCUCCCCAGACCUUGGCUCUCCUCCACCCCCACCAGCCCUCUUCCUCGCCUGGCUGCACCACUGUGGGCCCCUGACAUCCAACGCUACCACUACCAUCACCUCCAGACUCCACCACCAUGUAGGCUCCCACUGGGCCCAGCCAGGGUGAGGGGAGGUGGGCUGAGAGAGAAUAGGGCAGACCCCCUGCUGUUGGACCCUGCUGGAAGUCUCCUUGGAAGAUCAUACACUGUAGGAGGAACACUAGCUUCUGUAGCCCAGCAGAGCUCUGCUCAGAACAUGGGGGGAUGAGGCGGAGCUGCUGGCCUUCUUCUAA